AAGUAGUUCGCGUUGAGGCACCGAGUUUCCGUUUCUGGGUCCCGGGUGCAGUGAGUGAGGUCGGUUUAGCGGCGGCCUCCUCCUGUGGGCGGCAGGUGCCAUGGCGGAGUUGGUGCAGGGACAGAACGCGGUUCCCGUGGGGAUCAAGCCGGAGGGAUUCGCCGACGCGCUGCACCGGGUCCGGCAGGUGAGGCCGGCGGGGUCGGGCAGGGCAGGUGGGGGAGGGAGGGAGGGUAGGCCGCAGCCCGGGUUAGAGGGUGAGGGUGUGGGAUUGGGCUCGGGGAGCCGGCCCGGCGGCUCUGGGGACGCGGUGAGGCGGCCGGACACGCUCUGCUCGGCCGCAGUGAGGGCCCGAUGGCUUCUCCUGUAACCAGGCCUGACUGCGCCGGGCCCUCCCAGCAACCUCCAGCCGGGACUGACACUCCUAGCGGGCUCCUACACCGGCACACGGCCACAGAUAAUGGCUGGGCUUCAACACCAGCGGCCGGAUAUCUCUAAUAUACACUUAAUCCGACUAUGGCGCCCACAAUCCGACUAUGGCUCCCAUUAUAACCCCAAUAUCAAUUUAAUAAACCAAGCGUGACACUAUAGCGCCCACAAUCCAACUAUAGCGCCCAUUAUACCCCCAAUAUCAAACUAACAGCAAGUUAUCACUAAUAUCCACUUAAUAAACCGAGUGUGACAUUAUAGCGCCCACAAUCCAACUAUGGUGCCCACAAUCCGCCUAUGGCGCCCACUUUAACCCCAAUAUCAACUUAACGAACAGAGUGUGACACUACAGCGCCCACAAUCAAACUAUAGCGCCCACAAUCCAACUAUAGCGCCCAUUAUAACCCCAAUAUCAACUUAAACCAAGUGUGACACUAUGGCGCCCACAAUCAAACUAUGGCAACCACAAUCCGACUAUGGCGCCCAUUAUAACCCCAAUAUCAAACAGCAAGUUAUGACUAAUAUCCACUUAAUAAACCGAGUGUGACACUAUAGCGCCCAUUAUAACCUCAAUAUCAACGUAAUAAACAGUGUGACAUUAUAGAGCCCACAAUCCAACUAUAGCGCCCAUUAUAACCCCAAUAUCAACUUAAUAAACCGAGUGUGACACUACAGCGCCCACAAUCCAACUAUAGCGCCCAAUAUCAACUUAAUAAACGGAGUGUGACACUAUAGCGCCCACAAUCUAACUAUAGCGACUAUUAUAACCCCAAUAUCAACUUAAUAAACAGAGUGUGACACUAUAGCGCCCACAGUCUAACUAUAGCAGCCAUUAUAACACUAAUAUCAAUGUAAUAAUCUGAGUGUGAAGCUAUAGCACCCAGAAUCCAGCUAUAACACGUAUUCUAGAAAAAUACAGGCAAGGACCAGCGCUUAUUUUUUAGGAAUCCUAAUCUACAAACAUAUGUGGAUAAUAUUAUAACUAGCUGCUAUACAUUCAAGUGAUUUCUUACAAUGUCGCAAGUACAAUAUACAAACGAAAAAAAGGAAUGUAGCGCUUAUAUAAAUGAAUUAAUCACGUUUUAAUUCAAUUAAAGGAGAAUAUUUGGUUGUCUGUCAAAUCUCUAGGCAUCUACUAGAGACAAUUAGACAUAGCAUAGAUCAUAUAUGAAUAAAAUGUGUAUACACUCACAAACGGAGACCUAUAGAACAUUCUAAUUGAAUUAAAAGGUGAUUGAUUCAUUUAUAUAAGCGCUGCAUUCCUUUUUUUCGUUUGUAUAACACGUAUUAUAACCCCAAUAUCAAACUAACAGAAAGUUAUCACUAAUAUCCACUUAAUAAAUAGUGUGAAACUAUAGCGCCCAGAAUCCAACUAUAGCACCUAUUAUAAUCCCAAUAUUAGACUAACAGCAUGUUAUCACUUAAUAAACCGAAUGUGACACUAUAGCACCCAGAAUCCAGCUAUAGCUCGUAGUAGAACUCCAAUAUCAAACUAACAGCAAGUUAUCACUAAUAUCCACUUAAUAAACCGAAUGUGAAACUAUAGCACCCAGGAUCCCACUAUAACAUAUGUUAUUAUUAUAACACUAACAGCAAGCAAUCACUAAUAUCAACUUAAUAAACAGUGUGAAACUAUAACACCCAGAAUUCAACUAUAGCACCUAGUAUAACCCCAACAUCAAUCUAACAGCAAGUUAUCACUAAUAUCCACUUAAAAAAACAGUAUGUGACACUGUAGCCUCUAGAAUCCAACUAUAGCACCCAGGGUCACAAUAUAACACCUGCAUUAAAUUAUAACUCCAAUAUCAAACACGAUUAGCAAGUUCUCACUAUUUGCUUAAUAAACGAAGUGUGAAACCAAAACACCCAGAAUCCAGCUAUAGUACCCAGUAUCAUAACCCCAAUAUCAAACUAACAGCUAGUUAUCACUAAUCUGUUUAAUAAACAAAGUAUGACACUAUAGCACCUAGGAUCAACUAUAACACAUGCAUUAAAUUAGAACUCCAAUAUCUAACAGGAAUAACAAGCUAUCACCAAUAUCAGCAUUAAACCCAGUAUCAAAUUAUAACACAAGUUUUAUAAUUAUAUUCCCAAUAUCCAACAAACUGGAAAAUGUUACUAAUUUCAAAUUAAUAAAGUAUCAAACUAUAACGCAUGUAUUAAACUAUGACACCAAAAUCAAACUGCAAGCUAUCACUAAUCCCAGUUUAAUAACUAUAUUAAACUAUAGCACCGAGUAUAGUUUAACUAUAACACGUGAUAUAAAUUAUAACCUUAAUUUCAAACACGAGUAACAGGUUAUCACUGAUCUCAGUAUAAUAAACCAAGUAUGAUAUUAUAGCACCCAGUAUCAAACUAUAACAUGCAUUCUAUUAUAACCCCAAUAUCAAACACAAGCAGCCAGCUAUUCCUAAUCUCAGAUUAAUAAACUCAGUGUCAAUAUGUAGGACGCAGUUUCCAAUUAUUGUUUUAUUUAUAUAGCGCCAUCUGACUCCGUAGCGCUGUACAAUGAGUAGACUAACAGACAUGUAAUUGUAACCAGACAACUGGACGUACAGGAACAGAGGGGUGGAGGGCCCUGCUCCAUGAGCUUAAAUUCUAGACUAGAACACAUGCAUUAAAUUCUAACCCUACUAUCAAACAGCAAGUUAUAUCCGUUUAAUAUCUGUUUAAUAAACAAAGUAUAAAACUAUAGCGGCUAGUAUCAAACUACCGUAUUUACUUAAAUUGAAUGCGCACCUUUAUUGCCAAACUAAAGUCUCCAAAAUAUGAAUGCGAGUUAGCUUAAAGUGCAAACAACGAAUUAGAUAUGACGGGCAUACAACGCAAAUUUGUUGGGGCGACAUGGAUGCAAGACUUGAUUUCUGUGUACGGUAAAGAUUGCGUCUUUGUUGCAAUGCGAAUUUCACCCGUCAUCUCUUGUUGACCUAUAUGUCCUAUAGUAGUAUCUUGCGCAUUACAGGUUUAAAAUUUUUUAAUGCGCAUUAGAUUCUGGUAAGGUAUAACUUGCAUUGAAUUAGAACUCUCGAGUAGCAAGCUAUCACUAAUCCCAGUUUAAUAAACAAAGUGUGAAACUAGCACCCAGUAUCAAACUAUAAUGCAUGCAUUAUAAUUAUCGCCCCAAAAUCAAACAUGAGCAUUAAUCUCAGUUUUAUAAACCAAGCAUGAAAGUGUAGCAAACUAAAACACAUGCACUAAAUUAUAACCCCAGUAUCAAAUAUGCUACCAUCCUACUGGUGAUUAAUUUCAGUUUAAUAACCCAAUCAACUGUAGACUUCAGUAUCAAAUUAUAACCUACUAGAUUGUAAGCUUGUUUGACAAGGACCAUCAACAUCCUUUGUUCCUGUGUGUCCAACUUGCUAGAAAUACUUGUCUGUUACUCCACCUAUGGUACCUUGCUGCAGAAUUUGUUUGCGCCUUAUAAAUAAAAAUCACCCCAAUAUCAAACGUGACCCUCCCACUAACAAUAAGUUCAGUUUAAUAACCCCAGUAUAAAGCUAAAAUCUUAAUAUCAAACUGAAACACCCAUCUGUCCCUUAUUUUGUUUAAUACCCCCCAUAUCACGUUAUAACCCUAUUAUCCACCUAGAGAAUCCAGUGUCGACUUGACCAGCUAGCUGUGUAUUGUUCUCAGGAUGAUGAUGAUAAUAGGAUUGUGCUAAAGUUUGUUUGGAGUGGUUCAUGCAAACCCAAUUCCUUUUCAUCCACAUCCGACCAAAUAUAUCCCUCCUGGAUAUACCUGUGGAGUCUUAUUCAAUGAAUAAGAUCUUCCAAAGGUAAAUUCCAAGAACAGCUUCAAAUUUUUGCACAGGUUUCUUUAUAACUCCAAUAAUCUAUAAGGUAAGUAUGAAAAUAGGUAGCUAGAAUUAAACUAUGACCUCCAGGUUUAAACUAGAUCAGCUAAUAUGAUAGUAAUAACUAUAGUAUCAAAUUUAAGCCUCAAACUGGACCACGCCCACCCGAUCUCUUUUUUUUGGUAUAUGGCUACAAGUAAUCCCUUGGAUUACUGUGACCUCUGUCCACAUGCCUUAUUUGUUUACAACUCAGACGUUGCCUGCUGAUGUCUUCCAUGUUCUAUUCCAAUAUUAUGCUUCUUGUAGAGAAGCAUUAUGAAGGAGUUGCACAUGUGAGAAGCAUUGAAUAAUAGUUGAGCUAUCAGGAAAAUAACCACUAAAAGUGUGUUGAAAGGAUUACUCUAACCCUUUCUCUGUGCCUGUUUUUUUUUUUGGUUUCUUUUUCCUUUUAUAAUGCCGAACUAGGUAAUGUAGUAAUUUACCAUCUUAAAUCAGCUACGUCAGUUCAUGGGUUAACCAAAUGCUUCUCAUAGAGAAACAUUUGAUUGAGCCACUUGACCAGCUCUGGGUGCAUGCAUGCACUAUGAGCUGGGAAGGGUAGACGGGGAGGGGAUUUAAAAAAGCAAAAAAAUUAAAUGUUGGUUGGAUGGACUGCUCAGUCAAAGCGAGGGGAAAGCGGGAAGAACAAGCGGGUUUAACUUGCCCUGGUACAAAAGUGAAAAUAUCUGCUUGAAAUACUGCACAUACUCUUGCCACCAUGACCACUUCUAAAAGCAGAAGUGAUCAUGGUGUUUGGAAUAACCCUUUAACCCGGGGGAAAAAAAUUGCAGUUUCUACAGAAGAGCAGUAUUUUACAAUGCAGGAUUAUAAUGACUCCGAGAUGAGUUUCUGAGUGCCUAUUGUGUCACUUGUAAUAACUCCAGUAUGACACUAUAAUCUCAGUAUCAGACUAAACCAGCCAACUGCACUAAUCUAUGUUUAAUAAUCACAAUGCCAAACUAUAACCUCAAUAUGACACUAUAUCUAUGUUUGGCCAGCAGCUCUCACUCUGAUUUAUAACCCCAGUAUUAAACUAUAACCCCUGAAUCACUCUGUAUCAAACUAUACCAGCCAUCUGUCGCCAGUCUGCUUAAUAACACAAAGUAUCAAGCUAGGUCAACUAGCUGUCACUGAUCUGUUUUCAAAUUCUAGCGUCAAACUUUUUAAAUGACGUCGGUGAUUUUAAACUGUAAGACAAACUUCUGUUAGCCAUUGACAAGUGCAAAUUCAGACUUGGCAAGUGUGCUCUGGACCCUCUCACAGCCUGAAUUCUUGGGGUUUGUUUUGAAACUGCAACUUCUUAUGUGUCUGCGGCCGUCAAGAAUGAUAUUUAAAUAUCAUAUAAAAUAGAACAGAAUUUUAAGCAAUGUAGAAAUAAUAAAAAAAAAUAGGCCCUUCAACCACAAGCUCUAACCCAGCUUAGACACCAUGCAGCUAGUAUUUCAAAUGCAAAAAUGUUUUCCAGACACAUUUAUAUGGGGGAGUGAUAACAAAUAAGUUCCUAUCUCCUCCUCAUAUAAAGCAGACACAAUUUAGUUUCUUUUGUUUUGCGUUUUAAUUGUUUCUAUCACAGGAAAUAUAUUGUUUCCAUUACUUUAAUUGUAAUUUAGCUUUUAAAUCAGGCCAACUUGCAGAUGAGCCACUACAAAUGCUGCUACCCUGUCCUUUCCCAGAGAUCACAUGAUAGGAGGAGCUUUGCAGUAGUGAGACACUUUUAGAUCAGGUUAGUAGUACAGGACGUGAAAAUUUGAGAUCUGUCUCAUAUAAUUUGAUACCAUGGUUCUACCAAUAGACAGUGAUGAUAUCUAGCAGGUAUAUCGGUUAAUUACUACAAAUGUCAGUCUAGUAAUUACAGUAACUUUUAACCAGCCAGGUGCAACUAAUCUUGCUUUAGUAUUUACAGUAUCAAACCAUACCAACAGAGCAUUAAUAGUGACAUAUUCUACCCUGGUAUCUACUGUCAAGCAGCAUUAUGUGACUAACACAUUUAUUAACCUGGCAGUCCAUUUAACAAACCAUACCAGCCUAAUGCUAGUCCUAGAACAAACCAAAUGCCGCCGUUUUUUAAAUCUUAUACUAGUUGAGUACCACGAGGGGCAGAAAACUAGACCCACUAAUCUCAACCUAAAAAGUCUGAUCUAAAAGUAUACCAGUUAAAUGCUGUUAGUACUACACGGUAGAGACUAAGGUACAGCUGUAUCUUAUUAUGGUCUUGAUUUGAAUAUUUUUGGAUAAACUGUUAAAUAUAAUAAUUUAUUUUUUUCCUAUAUUGGACAUCACAUUUUCUGUUAUUUAAAAAAAAACAAACAAACAAAAAACACUUUAAAAAUGUUAGUAAAAUCUGACUAUUGUAAUAGUUUAUUCAAAAUAUUAACAUUAAGGCCUAUGUGCUUCUUAUUAUACUGUCGGCAUUGUAACACUACUAUCAAAUUGUCAUAGAGUAGUUGGCAUGAACUAAAGAUAUUGAAAUUACAUUCAUCAGACGUCGGCAUAUACCACCUAUAAACAAACAGGAGGAGACAUCUAAAGAAGUCGCAGAUCUUAAACUCAAAGGGACAAUAGAGUCACCAAAAUAACUUUAGCUUUAUUAAGCAGUUUUGGUGUAUAGAACAUGCUUCUGCAGUCUCACUGCUCAAUUCUCUGCCAUUUAAGAGUUAAAUCACUUUGUUUAUGCAGCUCUAGUCACACCACCUUGCAAAUAAAAUGCACAACCUAUUUUUUACGCAAUUCCUGUAAAAUUAGAUCUAAUAGUUACGCUUCCUUUUAUUGCAAUGUCCCGUUUAAUUUUUAAUUGCUUAUUUCCUGCACUGUUAAAAUCAAUUAACAAACUUUUCUAAUGGCAACUUUGUUGGCAAAAUAAGAAAAUGAAAUGUGUGUUACAAAAAGUUAUUUGACCCCCAUCCUCCUGCUUCACAAAAAAGUACAAAAACUUAUAUUUAUAUAUUGUCCCCAGGAAAGCAAAAUGUGUUGGUUUGCACAGAUGACGAUGCAUUUAGGUCAGGGCUCAAAAUGUCUAAUCUCCACUAGCCAUUGGUAUGUGAUAAUGUAGCCCUAGUAAGUGUGCCAUUGGACUCUCCAGGAUUGCAGUAAUUUUUAAUCCUGGUUUGUAACAUCAGGCUAGUAUUUUUGAACCCCGAUUAAGGGCAAUCUUGCGCUCAGCAUCACUGAUUUUGUGUCCGCUCCCAGUAUGAGUCAGAUACCCAGUUUCUGAAAAGCUCCUGGUGAGGUCUCCUUGCAUGCACCUCUGGCCAGUGAUCGGUUCUUGGCUUUGCUCUCUGCCUAGUACCGGUCAAAGUUUAAGGAGCAGCAUCAUUAGAGGGGAUCUCCCUCUCAUGCUGCAAUCACACAAUAGGUGAGAUUUAGGGGCUGGAUUAGGAGCAGGGUUAUCAGUUGGAUUAUAGGAAAAAGUAUUCAUGUUUGGGGUAUCAUUGUACUCCAGAACAGUAGAAUAGAAAUAUGGGGUGUGGGACAUGAAUGGUCUGUGAAUUUCCCCCAAAAACCCAACAAACUGUAACCAAGCUUUGUGAUAAAAUGGUUAAUCGAAAAGGGUCAGAAUGCUCUUAAUUGAAUAGCCUUGGGUGUACUUUCUACAAAUAUAUACUUGUGUAUUCUUUUCUGAUUCUGUGACUACUAUAAAAGUUGUAAUCUAAGCAUCCGAUAUAAUCUAAGCAUCCGAUUUAUGGCAUUUAUCAGUGCACUUGAACAGGGUUUAAUUGUGGCAAAAGUGCCAAAAAGGUUUUGAUCCCAAACCUGUUUGCUUUUUAAGAAAGCCUUGAUCCUUAAGAGGCAGAGGGCAUUGUAAACAUCAAUUUGGCGGUUCAUGAAAAAACCGUAGUGGUGUCACAUGGCCUAAACAAACGUUAGUCUAUAUAUUGUGCUCGGAAGCAUAAUAAUCCAAUGUAAAUUUCAAUUUAACUCCUGAAAGUAGUACUUUUACUUGAUUGCAAAAUUAAUGAUAAAUAAAUGUAGAGAGCAAAGAGCAGCGGCAUGAAACCUUCUACAUUACAAAUGCUGUGGGCACAUUACCCAUCAUGCUCUUACAGUCGUAAUGCUGGCAAAGCGUCAUGGGAGAUGUAUUCCACAUCUGCUGGAGGGUGACGUCCUUUUCAAAGACUGUAGAUGCAGUUACGUAAAUCUCUGUAACUAGUGGUGUUUUUAAUGCAUACAAGUACAAAACUGGGCUAAAUAAGUCUGAGUCUCUAAAUGUACUUACUGCCUGAAUAUUAUGGCUGUAAUCAAUGAAUGCAAACGCCCUGAUGAGGACGACAGUGUGUGGCUGGGUACAUGUUAAUAGACUAAUACCUGAACAUUUCAAUGGGUACUUCGGUUUGUAGGAAAUAAAGAGCUCCUUCAAUGAACUGUGGGACCUUGAUCAUACUUUGUCAGCAUAUCACGCUUGAACUGUAUGUGCUGCUUUAAAGGCAGCCAGUGUUUCACAAAACAAAAUUGCCCUUGUGAGUUUGUAGAGACAGAACUUGCCGAACUGUCACUAAUAAUGUUAUGCAACUCUUUCGUUUUCUGUUAUCUAUUGCCUAGCUCGCCGUGCUUGCACUCGGUUUAGCAGCCCUUUUUAAUUUUAUUUUUCUUCUAGAAGAUUUUGGGUUUUGUUUUGUGUCCUCUACUUCUUCUAUUUGACUGUAACCUGGAAGAAAAGGAUGGGGGUUAUGGUGAAACAAAAAAAUGAGGUCCCACUGUUUCACGUUGUUUGUUUUAUUACUGAGCUCUGCAUUGAAAGAUUGCGAACGUUGCGACCCAAAUCUAUGCGGGGUGUUUUUGUAGUGAAACUUUUGCUAUAGCUUGGCAACAGCAAAUAUACUGGAAUUUGAGUGCUAGAAGAUCUCGAAAAGAGUUUGGCAAAAAUCAGUAGGGGUGAAUGCGUUGACUUCUUGCACGUAAACUGCAAGUAGCUGGCCUGUUUGAACUGUGUAACUUAUUAGUUUGAAUCUUUGUUUUUCAACCGGCUUUAUUUAUAGCUAUUAUAAACUAGAUAAGCCAGGGAUAUCUCAGUUAUUCCUAUUCCAGGAAUGAACAGCUAGCUAAACGGACUGAUUUUACCCAUUUUGCAUUACACUGGUAUCACCCAGCAUUGCCAACAAAAGCUGUGCCCAAUGUUUUUAAAAGUUUGGGGCAAUGCCUCAAAACUUUAACGGCCACAUGUUCCUCUUUAACAUGAAUAUAAUUUCUGUGCUGUUAAUGCUGGUAUUGUGGAGAGCAGGGGGACUUGCUGUAACUGACUGCAAACACCAUAGUGCAGUAUGAUCGUUGAUUUGCCUUAUUUAGACUCACUGAAGGGGGGGAAUUCUCUUUGAACCCUUGGCCCAGGUCUGGACUGUAGCAGCUGUUUGUUUGAUGUCUCAAACGUGAGUAGCCUUAUUUAGUGCCAGUGUGUGUGAAGUUUUGUCAAACUGAAUAUAACCCCCCCACAGCUCAACAUGGGACAGGAAGUAGCAGCACAGAACAGGGUUUGUCUGCAAAACUACAACCAAAACAGCUGUCAGAAGUGGUAAAUGCGCGUGUGUGUAUAUUGAAUAGCACGACCAUUUAUUACAGAAAGGGGGAGAAAAGAUUACUUCCUCUUGAACUCUGCCUGUAAGUUUCUUUUUGAAGCAGCAUUUGCCUCCAAAAAAAACUGAUUCACUUCUUCACCUUGCAGUAAGAUGGGCUGGCUAAAUGUGUGAAAUUCCUUUCCCAAGCUUUCUUGUAGCGGAUUAGUUACUCUGUAUAAUGUACAUUCAAAGUUAUGGGCGUAUCACAACUUCACCAUGUUUUCGCACACAGCACAUUGAUAUUCGUUCCUGUGUCACUCUUCAGUAAUGUAAACUCCAUAUACAUCAUAAGGGAAAUCUAAAUGAAACUGGUUUUAGUAGUGGUUAUGAUGCAAGCAGGCCUCAAGUGUAGUCGAUCUAGUUUUUGUCAGUUUUCCCCAGUUCCUAAAGCCCACACCACCCCAUAUAAUAAUCUGUUCUAGGCUGUCCCCUGUCAGCAUUGUUUGUUUAUUAAAAAACUUAUGAAGGAUAGAAAUUACUACCUGGGUGCCGGGAAUCCCCUGUGUUUUUAAUUUUUUGUUUAGAAGUUUUGUUUCGAUAAUAUACUUUACUCACUAUUGAGAAACAAAUAUUGUAAAAACAAUCUCACAUUUUUAAUACAACUUGUGCAACAAAGUAUAAAUCCAUUAUAGUAGCUUCUCUAACUUAAUUUGGUGAAUACCUCAUAUGGGUUUCUUUUUCCUAUUUCAGACCAUCUUAUCCCUAAUCUCGUCCAACGUUUGUGGGCAACUUUAUUUUCACCUCUCACGAGUGCAUGAAAUUGGCUUGAAUACUGUAUACUUUGUGUAUAUUAUUGCAGGGAAGGUUAAUUUGUACGCAGCUACACAGUCUGGAAAAAGCCAUGUCAUUUUUAUAGAUUUUUGUUUUUGUCUAGCAGUCUAUGAAGACUAUCAUUCCCAACUUGCCAGUCACUUAAAAGCUACAGGGUUGGCACUCUAAGGGGUAAUGUGGUAAAUCAUGGGAGCAAUGCCUCUCUGAUAGCCAGCAACUCUGCCCUAAGGAAGGAGAGCUAUUGGAGCUUCUGACGUUACAUGAAGGCAAUGAUGGCACAAGUGGACCCCUUUUUAAGUUGAAUUGUUAGCAAACUACUUGCAUGAGGAGGGGGAUGACGACUCUCUAGUGGUUAUGGAAGUUGAAGUGUUCCGCCCACCCCCCCCGCCCAUUUAUUUAUUUUUUUGUGUGUGCUGAUGCUGCAUAUGAUUUGUUUAUGAAAGGAAAUUUUGUAUAAGUGCUGCAGAAUGUUGAGUGAAACCUAUGCUUUUGUUUUUAUUGCAUACUAGUUGAGGUUAAAAAUAAGCUCUGGAUUUUAAUUGUACAAAGACAUUUGUAUAGAAAAGAAGCAAGGCUGUUGAUUAAAGUCAAUGAUUGCUUACAGUUUCUUAAACUGCUUGCAUUGUUCUCAUGAGCGACAGUUGCAAGUAUCUCUCAAGGUCACUCAACGAGAUUAACUCGGAGAGAUGAGCUAGCGUAGCUAAGAUCUCCUCGUGUCACGUUGACGUUUACCUACCUGCCAGUGAACAUUUGGCCCAGCUACACACAGAAUUGGCAAGAUACUACUUCAAGUUAAAAUGCUCCAUCCAAAAUGUCAGUCUGCUUGUCCACUUCCUCUUUGCAUCCAUCCUGCCUAUUCAAAGCUGUGAAAUUAACAGCUGAUCCUCUGAAACAAUACAAGCAGGCAAGGCUCCAAGAUCUGUAGUGAAAACAUCAUCUGGUAGUUUGCAACUACAUUCAUUUGAUUCAUGCUGGGAGAUGUGCUGGAAACUGACCUUCUGCACCAUAGCGAUUUAGCCUGCGUCUGGUCUCUACCACCACAUAUUUUAUAAAUAAGAGAGCUAUUUGUAUCAUGCAGCUCAUUUUAUAGUCUACAUGUUCAGUGACUUCAAACCACAGUUGCUAAAUGUCUGUAGAACUGUCAGCCAGUCUCAUUGAAGUAGUAAUCUGGAACCCGUACCACACAUUUCUAAUGUCACAUAAGUCUUGUGACCAUUAUUUAGGAGUUUUGGAUUGUUCUUCCAUUUUUGCAUUUUGAGUCUACUGUGCUAAUUUUCCCCCCCAUACAUUCUCUUACAGAUGGCUGCUAAAAUUGAAAUACCACACUUGAAUAAUUCCGGAUCUCUUGUGGACCCAUCUGUGUAUGGUUAUGGAGUCCAAAAAAGACCCCUUGAUGAUGGAGGUAAGUUGACACUUCAUACCUUUUUUAUUUUAUUUUUUUAAGGGUUGUGGCAAUUAUUUAAUCCAUACAUAUUUUUUUUUUGUCUGUCAGCAGGGUACCUGGAAAGUCCCUCCGCCUGCUAGGAAUAAAAAAUAAUUGUUUUUUUUUUUUUUUUUUUUAAAUGUCUUAAAGGGACUCUACAGUGCCAGGAAAGCAUACUGGUUUUCCUGGCACUGCAGAAUCCUGCAGUGCCCCCCUCCAUCCCAUGUUGCUGAAGGGGUUAAAACCCCUUCAGUGACUUACCUGAAUUCAGUGCCGAUGUCCCUCUGCGCUGGGUCAGGCUUAGCCCACGCUCCUCCAGCGCCAAGGUCACCUGGCGGGAGAGAUCUAAUGCAUAUGCGCAGCAAUGUCCGCGCGUGCGCAUUAGACCUCGCCAUAGGAAAGCAUUAUUCAGUGCUUUCUUAUGGGGAUUCUGUUGACACUGGAGGUCCUCAUGCAUAGCGUGAGGACGUCCAGUGUAGUUUAAAACACUUUUUGUGUUCUAAGAAUCCGGAAGUCCCUCUAGUGGCUGUCUAAUAGACAGCCACUAAAGGAGGACUUAACCCAGCAAGGUAAUUAUGGCAGUUUAUAAAAACGACAAUUACACUUACAGGAUUAAGGGUGAUGUGAGUUGGCACCCAGAUAACUCCAAUGGGCAGAAGUGGUCUGGGUGCAUGGAGUGUCCCUUUAAUACAUGCAGUUCCAAGAAAUCAUUUGGGAUGCUGAUUCCACCUUUAGGAAAAGGUGACUCGUGUAUAUUUUCAAAAUUGUACAGUACAAUUUGUUUCCCUCCAUUUUUGAAGUGGUAGAGUGUAACUUUUCUUCACAAGGGACGGUGUGGUAUACUGCUUUAAAUCUACAAAAUAACACUAUAACUAGAGUGAUAGCAUUAUGAUAUCAAGUAAAGGCAAGCUCAUAUGCAUUCUCAGGAUAUGGAAGAUAUCCUUUCAGUGGGGUACAGCUAUAACAUUAAUAAAAUGUUUUAUUUUCAAAGCAACAAAUGAUUAGAAAAAUAUGGGACAAUACAUUCCUAACUGUUUUAAGAGCUUCUUCAGGAACCAAAUCUGCGUAAUAAUACACAUCAAGGCAUAUAAACAAUGCCAUAAACUCCCCACAUAAGUUCCCGUUUAAAUAUGCCUAGGCCUCUCCUCUCAUUGGUGUUUACAGUUGGCGUAUAAUCUUUUAUACUGAUUAGUCCAGCAAUGAUAUCCUUUAUCUCUACUUGAGCAAUACAUUCUUAUAUCUGAAUAAGUUAGCUGUGUCAUGUUGUCCAUGAUGAGAUUUUUAAAGGAGUUGGUGGAAUGUAAAGCACACGUAAGAGGUGGAACACAUCACAGGAUUUUACACAUCAUACACAGUCAUUCUACAGAGGCCACUUUUAGACUCGUCACUUCUAAAUACUCCCACUUUUCAAACAACCUGUGCACUUUUGGAGACUGCUGAUAUCUUCCAAAGAGUUGAGCACCAUAAAAAUAAAUGGAAAUGUUUGUAUUGGUUUAGUGUUUGGGAGGAGGGGUUUGAAAGAAGGCGUUGUAAUGUCUCCCCACCUCUUAUUGUUUUUUUGGCCCUUUAUAUAAUAGUUCAUCUCUGUUUGUAUGUAGGUAUGGCUAAAUAUUUCCAUGACCAGCAUGUCCUUGGGUAUCUUGCCAGUGGCAAUGGUGGUUUGUUUGAAUUUUAGUUUUACUUGAGAUCAUGGCUAGCUGGACAAGGGUGUUUGGAAUAGCAUGAAGCUCUUGGGUUAUUUGCUGACCAUAUUUUCGUCAACAAUAAGGUUUUACGUAUUUUUUUUUUUAUUUUAUAGAAAUGUUUUUCACAAUCACUGUAAGAGGAUGCACUGCAUGUGGGAUGGAAUGAGUUAGCAAGGCAAUAAUACAAACAAUGAAAUUUGUAAUAUGGUUUUCUAAAAAAUAAAUAAAAAAAAUUACAGGAACACUAACGUCUAAAGCUCUUUAGCUUAUGUCUUUUUUUUUUUUUUUUUUUUUUUACAUAAAGUACAGCCUUUAAAAAUACUUCUAGAAAUUGACAUUGUUGCACAUCCCUGGCUGUCAGACAAUUGGUCUUGUUACUUCCUGGUUUGGUUAGCUGUGUGGAAACUGAAAAGGCAACAAUUGCUUAGAGCUUCUGCCCUGUCAAGAAGUUUUUCCUUUUUAAAGAGAAAUGGUAACUAAUUUAGUUGUUUCCAUUUUAACAUGCCACUGCAAAUUCUACUGGAGCAUUUACUUUGAAGUGUGAAGCAGAGAAUAGUACUGAUGUCCACAUGGCAUUCUAGCACCCAGUAUGUUAUGCUUUCUCUUUUCCUGUCCUGUUUAUUCACUGAACCUGAUAACAUCAGAGGAAGCGGCAUUCCCUUGAAGUUUUGCUCAGAAUUGUAUAUCCCUGGGUAGAAAAUGUUAUGGGCUUGCUCCCACCAAUCCCAGUUAUUUCUGCGUUGAGACAGACUUUUGUGCUCUUUAUGUAUAUCAGAGGUGAAUAAAUACAACGGGUGAUAUUUAUUGAAUUGUUGGUGAUGCCUCUCUGUCUCACUUUAAAGAAUUGGAUUUCUUUUUUUUUUUUUCUCCAUCUUAUUUUUUAUUUUAUUUUUUGAUAUCGUAUCUUCCAUUUUUAAAUAUUAAAGAUAGGUUUCUAGUACUUAUAGUAAUGUCCAAAUGUGAAAGGUGGCUUGAACAACACAGACCAGAGUCUGCCCUAUCUGGUCGUUGAUGUGUAGUAGAAAGGAUUAAAUUAGGGUGCAGCUCCUUGAUGGGGUCCUCGGGUCCAAGGGGGGGUCUAAAAAAGGACAAAACGGAGGCAGUAUAUUGUAUUCAGUCGAUCCUUCUAGUGUGGCAAUAAAAGGGAGGAAACAUACUUUGUGUUUUUGGAGCUAGAGCCUAGCACCAGACAUAGCGCUUGGGCAGUACAGUCACCACCUGUGGAUAUGUCUAUAGUCUUGGUCCAAUAGGGUAUGGUUCAAAUGUAAUUAAUUCAAAUUGAAACACUAAUAUAGUGCAGUAUAUCAGACUUCCAGGAUAGUGAAUAAAAUGUGUGUGUGUGUGUGUGUAUAUAUAUAUGUAUAUGUAUAUGUAUGUAUAUGUAUAUAUAUAUAUGUGUAUGUGUAUAUAUAUAUAUGUGUAUAUAUGUGUAUGUAUAUAUAUAUAUAAUAUGCGCACACACAUUUUAACGGAUCCUCCUAAUGACUCCUUACAUAGGGCUUGGAGAGGAAUGAUCCCCACUCUAAGGAUUUGUGUGCAGUCUUUAAUUUUUUUUUCUCAGAUGUGAAAAGUUGAAGAAAAAAUAAGUCCAGAGAUAAAUAAGCAUAAACCUUUAUUAGGUAGUAAUAAAAACCAUGAAUUGGCACACCAACGCGUUUCACCCAACAAUUAGGCUUUCAAAUGAUUUUUUAAUAUUGGACUUUUUUGUUGCCUGCACAACAGAUUUAUGAAUAUUAUCUCCACAUUUCUAGCAGAAUUUUUCCUUCACUUUGAAUUUUACAAUCUGCUGAAAUGGAAAUUUCUGUAUAUCUGUUUGCAAGAAGCAAAACAAUGACGGAAUAUAGGCACCACUUUUUUUCAGUUUGUAAAAACACUUUUGAAAGGAAUAAAGGGGUGCACCAGUUGUAGUUACAUGAGCUGCAGCCUUAGGAUGUUUGUGUCCAGUUAAAUAAAUGAUUCUCUUGUGCAGGGAAUUGUGGGUAACUCUAUUUCUUAAAAACUAUAAUUACCAAUAGUCGUAUUCCUCCUCCAUCUUAAAGAUGGUGGCAUGAAAUGUACUCUAUAUCCUUGUACCCAAAUGGUAUACACAGCAAGCUCGUCUCUUGUAUAGAAUGUAAAAUACAUAAUGUUUUAGUUAUGCGUAAGUUGGCUAUUUGGCUUGCAUAGUCAAUAGAUCAUGUGUUAGCCUAUACAAAGGGAUGAGUCCUGAAAUAAGCACUUUAAACCCUUAAAGAUAACCAACUUUUUCGGAACAUCCUUAAAUACCUUACAGUGGAAUGUCCUGAUUUUUACGUUUUGGCAGCUCUGUGCUGCUAUGCAAUCAUUUAUUUAGUACAUUAUUCCACUUUAACUGAGGAUCCUUAAAGAGCACUUUUAUGAAUGCACCAUAAAUUAUCAUUGGUUCUUUGCGGGUAUACCGAAUGGCCAUAUUUGUUUCCCCAUCUUGUUUAAUAAUUCCUGUUUUAGAAUUCAUGAAACAAGAUGGGGGGGAAACCUUUUGGUCCAAUCUGUUAAGCUAUCAACAGCUGUCAGGUAAGGGAUGUAUUCUCUUGAAUGUCUCCUUAGCACCAUUUCUACCCUAAGGUAGGAUUUUUUUUAAAGCCUUACUAAGCUGGCUCAAGGCCCUUCAUGUGAGUGUUUUUAUCUUUUUUUUUUUUUUUUUGAGUACAAAAACAACUUACUCUGGAUACCAACUAAACUUUGCUGGCAAUAUCAAUAUUGUAUCCUUAAUAAAUAAUUGGUCAGCUAUAUUCUUUUUCAGUUUGCUAGGCAGUUACACGGUUUUGUUGAAUGUGUGCGCAUAUAUAAUAUUUUUUGUAAUUUUUUUUAUUAUUGUAAUUUUUAUUUAUUUUUUCCCUUCCCUGAUGUGUACUUUAUUCUCUUGGCCUGCCAGCCUUCUGUUUACUCACCUUUAGCCUGGAGCGACUGAGUGCUAAAUGUAUAUGUAACAGCUGCUGUGUCAUUCGAUCGGAUUAUAUUUUUGCAGAGUUUAGUUCUGCGUUUACACAGCCGUGCAAUGCUGUCAAAAUCUCAGGGAGCGCGAGCUUAAACAUUGCACUUAUAAGGGGUUGCUGAACAGCUGUUACCCACUGUAAUUAUAAAUACAGCGUUUAUCGGAAGAAAUGAUUGCUCUUUAAAUCUAAAUAUUUUUACAUUUACCCUUUUGCUGAAUAUGGGCUGCAAAACACAGGAAAUAUUAACAACUAAAUUGCAUGGGGCAAGAAUUAAUCUUGGCUGUAAAAUAGUACGGGGGAGGGGGUCAUAUUAAUCUGCCGUUAGCAAAGGCUGCUUGCCAGGUUCCUAAAUAUAUGAUGAACCGCCUUCUAACUGCAUCAUGUUCAUAACUGUCAAAAUAUUUUGAAAUCCUAAGAUUUAUUUUAUAAAGUCCUUAAAUAUAUUUUUUAUUUAUGCAAAGCUUGAAUCAAUCUACUCCAUUUGUAAGUGAAUUCAACACGUAAUUUAUUUUUUACUUUAAGACUCCUACUAUUUUUAUCAAUAAAGUUUAGGGUCCUUAAUUCUCAGCUGUUAGGGUUGAAGCUCGUUUGAGCAGGGUCCUCUUCAACAUAUAGUUUCUGUAAGUUUUCUUGUAAUUGUCCUAUUUAUAGUUAAAUCCCCCUUCUCAUAAUAUUGUAAAGCGCUACGGGAUCUGUUGGCGCUAUAUAAAUGCCAAUAAUAAUAAAAGGGUGCUUUGCCUACAAACCAAUAUAUAGAUUCCUUCUCAUCUGGACAGACUAUUAUAUAGCGGGAUAGAGCUGUGCUGAAUUGCUACUGAGCCCUUCAGUGUUGCCCAUAUGAGCUUGGUUCUUCUUUUCCUCGCAAUUAAACAGUUUCACCAUCAUGGCAAAGAUGGAGGACAGAGGCCUUUUACAGAUACAGCCUUCUUUUGUUGGGUUUUCCCCUCUCCAAAUUGCAAUAAAUUUUUUUGACAGAAUCUGGCCAGACAUAAAUUCUUUAAAUAAUUAUUCAGCAUUCACUGGGAUACCCUAAAGAAAUGUAACAAGUACUUUAGGUUCAGACCCAUAUAUAUCAAGGCAUAUUUGGUAAUGGUUAUGUCUGUCUAUAGUUUGGAGCACGGUGUGUGGUGAGGCGCUUGAGACGAUAACAGUAGUUGGCCCGUCUAUUCCUAAAGCCCAGGCUGUCCUUUGCUAUAGGUCUCCAUGGAGAAAUCCUUUGUGGUCCACAGCCGUGACGUCUUGCAAAUCUUUUUUGGAAAACAUUCUUUGAAAUCGUAUUACAAUAGUAAAAUGUUUUAUAGGUCUUGUCUGAGAUCACUAGUUGUUUGAAAAGAAAGUAAUGCAACAUAGCUGCACUUGUAAAGCAUAAGUGUUUGCAUGUAAAUGUAAAAAGCUGUAUGUGGGUAUUUUUCCUUCCAUGUAGGGAUCUUUAAAAUCAGUAGUUGUGCGCUUUUUUUUUCCCCCCAGAAAAAAAAAAAAAAAAAAUAUAUAUAUAUAUAUAUAUAUUAUAUUAUUUAUUUUUAUAUUUUACGUGCUUUAUUUAAAACGCUCGAAGCAUAGGUUUCUUUAUUUUAAAGUGUUAUUUGGAGUGAUCCGAAAAAGUUUGAGUUUUUAUUUUUUUUACAUGUAUUUCUACAAUUUUGUUACAUUUUAGUCUUCUUGACUUUUGCCAUAUUUACCCCGAAGUUUUUUGUGGUUUUUUUUUUGUUCCCUUCAACCCUCCCCCCCCCUUCUUCCAGUAACCUAACAGAAUUCUCUCCUGUGUAGUCUUCCGCAUGCCUCACUAAUUCUCCUUGAAUAAGAGCACUCUAUGUUCCCUCUUUCCUCUUUAUCUUAUCCACCUGGCAGACCAGCCGGAUUGUAAAAAACUGGCACCUGUGAAUGAUCGUAAGUAAAGCCCUUGCCCUUCCCAACCCGUGCAGGUAUCUGCCAUUCAACACCUCUGCAUGUUGCACCUCCGUGGCCUGUUCUGUAGCUGGGAAGAGACUCUCCUGGUCCUCUCUUGCACAGCAUACUGUUCCCUUCCUCUCCCCUUUCUUGCACUUUUGCAUGCUGUUAGCUGGUGUGUAAGUUCGUUGACUGGUUCAUCAACCGUAAACAUGGCUGGCGAUGCAAGCUGACGCAUGGGUUUGAUGAGCAAGAAAUGUUGGCUUGAUAAACACCUUGCACUCCUAAAGCUACUUACCCUCAGUCUCUCCUUAAUUUGUGGCAAUUGACAGGUGGAUUGGUAAUGGGAAUACUUAAUGUUUUUUUUAAUUUUUUUUUAUUUAUUUUUUUAAAUUUCCCUUCUCAUUGUCUAUCUUCAAACUGGAGAAUAAAAUAUAAAGUUUAUUUAAAAAAAAUGUAUACUAUAAUAAUAUAGCAUGUGUAUAGCUACAAAACUGAUAGUCUUUGCAUGCCAGUGUUCACAAUUAGAACAUGGAAGACAAUCCGGUCUAACUUUGGCUGCAUACAGGUUACUAAAUUGAACCUUUGUAUAUCUCAUUCAAAGUCUGAUGCAUGUUGUAAAGUAAAAAUACAAUCAAAAUUGAGAGGAUAUUUUUUGCUGUACAUUUUCUGACAUUUGGGAAUCCAAAUGAAGUUAUAAAUAAGACAGUGGGUGGCACGGUUUACAUGCAUAUCCAUUAUAUCUUUGAAUAUUCUGUUUAUGCAAAAAGUGUGUCCAAACCAAUACAACUCAUGCAGCAACUAGUAAAGUGAUUCUAUAGUGUAAGGAAUACAAAUCUUCCCUGCACUAUAGUCCCUACAACAAACAUUCCUCCGGGGAAAAUAAACCCUCUUAAAAGACUGUUCCCCAUACUUUAUUGGUAACGUUGUAUAGAGAUGUGAUUAGUGCAUCUAACCUUGGCUGCAGGAAGUGUAACACUGGCUAUCAUUGUGAAGUUUGACAUAGCCAGUGAAAGUGCAUAGUUCAAUGGCUGAGAGGGGCUUUAACAGGCUGACCUGGUAAAAGGUAAUGGUUGGGAGAGAACUUUUGUAUCUUAAUCCUUUUUAAAUAAAUCCCUUUAUUUCGCAUUUUCACUAUUUAUUCAAAAGGAGACAAUUUCAGGUGAACAGUGUAGUUAAUUUGCCAGUAACCACAUUUGGGUUUGUUCACUAAACUGGAAAUUGGGGAGAAUUCUAAAAUAGCCAGCACAUGAAACUGUGCAAAUUUUAGGCCUGUGUAGCUUACUGAUAAAACAGGUCAAAUUUAAAGACUUUUUCCAGUGUUACCAUAUUGUUAACUUUGAUUCAUGGCAGUUACACUUGUUUUGCCUUACCAUUUCCAAUUUCCUGAUACAUUCACAAAUGGAUCAAAGUUAGUAAAUAACCCUGACAAAUACAGAGUAAUGGUGAACAGCACAAUACAAAAGUGAAUGAACAGUGUACCACAAGUGCACCUCCUGCACCUAAGGAAGAUGCAGUUAGCGUCGAAACACGUGCUUUACAUAAGGACUUUCUUUGGCACCUCAACAAAUGGAAUGUAAGAUUUUUAAAUUUAUUAUGGAAUAACAUUUUACUUUUUUAUCUUACCAUUGGUGCCUCUCUCUGAUUUGUUAUCCUGAGGGUGAAAGCUCCUAUCCAUAAAGACCCUACAAGACCGUAGAAAGUUUCCCUAUACAUCACAAUCAAAGCGUACUUACAUGAGCCAGUAAUAUAUACAGGCUUUGUAAAACGGGAGUGUGAUUACUGCAGUGUUUCUUUAUAUACACGUAUUGAUUUUACUAGUUGUAUUGCCCUAUGAGAUUUUGUCUGAUUUAUCCUAGGAAAUAUCCAGGAAACUUUAAAGGGUGUAUAUACUUAUUUUUAUUGUAUUCACAUCACUUGUAGUACAUUGUUUAUUAAUUUUUGUACUGCGCUGUUCACCAUUACUCUGUGGGUGUCUGUUUUAAUUGUGGGACUGGAGUUAUUGGUUUCACGGUGGUAACAAGCUGCAGAACACCACACUGUAUGGUAUCUGUUUGCACUUUAUAUUUAGCACCAGUAUUUAUUACACUAUUUUUUUUGUUUAUUUAGUAAAUUUCUGUUUUGGAAUGUAUCCUUGCUAGCCAUGAUUACUUUUUAUAUAAAGGGGGGUGGGGAGGGUGGUUAUGCUAGAGUCGGUGUGUUUUUUUUUUUUUUGUAGGUUUGUGUAAAAGCAAAAAAAUUUAAUCAAAACGUGGGCAAUGUUUUUGCAACCUAAAUACUUCGUAUUGGCAGAAAUGUUGUACGUGUAUAUUUUUCUAUAUCUAAGAAAUGAAAGAAACUAGAAAUAUUUUACCUUUAUGGAAUGGAUACAUCUUGUUUUCUCUUAUUUUUGAACUGUACUGGGAAUUGGUACACACCAAACACUGUAGUACUUGGUUUAUCUUUCUCAUAAAGCUGAAAACUUUGUGUACCAUGAUUUUUGAACAGGUACUUCAGCUGAUGUUUCAAGCAACUAGCUUUAGAUAAUAUAGGACCUACUUGCUGUGUAGAUUUUUGUUAAAUAGACUGUCAUGGUUUCUUUUCCCCCCCCCCCCCUUCAACUUCUUCAUGAUACAAUAGGAGCAAUGUAAGCAGUAAUGUAUUCAGAGGCACCUUUCGAUGUAAAACUAAUCUUUUUCUGGCUUCAUACGAUUACUUUACAUAUAUAUCUCCAAAUAUCUAAAUUCCAACUGUUUCUGGAUUCUUGGGGAAUGUUGGUUCUUGGUUAAGGUGCUUGCAAAUUUAUGUAGGGAGAUACAAAGUUAGAAAUAGUGCAGACUGGCUUUUCCUGCCAAUAGUGCAGACUGUUUUGGCAGGAAAAUAUGACUCACAACAGUGGUAUGAGGUAGCACUCACAUGUUAUGGAGCUUAAACUAGCUCCAAGUAAGAUUACUUGCAGCGGUACAAUCCCCACUGGGGGAUAUAACUUAUUAGGCGAAUAUCUCGAUAUGCAGAUAGGUAUAUGUAAGAUAGAUAGGUAUAUGUAAGAAAAAAAGAAAAGAAAAAAACUACCCAAUAGUGCUUACUUUAAACAUAAAUAUGUACAAAAAUUUAUUACUCACAUUUGAUAGUGUUAUGUCGUUCAAAUAUCAUCAUGGGUGGUAUAAUCCCCACCAGGGAUAUGUUGGUAAAUAGUUGUCCAGAUCUGAAGUUAGGUGAGCAAGUACAAUAUAAAGUUGCAUAAAAAGUGUAAUAAAUUGUCUAUCACAACCAAGUGAAUUAAAACCAAAUAUACUUUAAUGCUUAAAAGGAAUAACACAUAAAUGUUACAAUAUUGCACAAUGCGUUUCACCAAUAAAGGCUGAUCUGCCUGCUUGGCUGACCUCAUCAGAAUUGAUUCUCUGAGCCAAUCACAAUGCUUUCCUAUUGGAUUGGCUGAGAUUGUCAAGGAGGCGGAGGCAGAGCCAGCACAAGUCACACAACCCUGGCCAAUCCAUAAAUCCUCAUAUAGAUGCAAUGAAUCAAUGCUUCUUUAUUAGGAAAGUUCAGUGUCUCCAUGCAGAGGGUGGAGACACUGAAUGGCACACUAGGCAGCACUGCCCCUGGAAGCACCUCUAGCAGCCAUCUGAGGAGUGGCCAGUGGAGUUACUAGGCUGAAUUGUAGACACUGCAUUUUCUCUGAAAGACAGUGUUUACUGCAAAAAGCCUGAAGAGACUGUUUUUUUGCUUACUUACAGUGGCUUUGUGUCAUUAUUAUAAAAUCCUACAGAUUCUUACUUUCAUCUUAGGCAAUAAUGUAUUCAGCUGUUACCAAUGGGCAGUAGGAUCAUUCUGACUAGCACUCAACCUAUUAAAUCUUUGAAGUGUAGACUUCGUCAUGGAGUUGUGGCAGCCAAGAGAUGAUACAGCAACCCCAGACGAUCGUUUCAACCUUGCUAGGCAUCAUCAGUAAGGUAUAGCCAAUAUCCCUCUAGGCACUGUGAGCAAGGGGUCCACGUCUGGAUUACCCUUUAAAUUUAAGGAGAGCCCUCUCUUGCGAAUUUUUUUUUUUUUGAUCUCUCAGAGCUGCGCGCGCAUUAAAAGCGUCCAUAGGAAAACGUUUAUCAAUGCUUUGCUAUGGAUGUUCUGCGUGCGUUUUUCGCAUUGAGCGUCGCUCUAGUGCCUGUCAGGAAGACAGCUGCUAGAGGCUGGAUUAACGCUGCAAUGUAAACAGUUUUACUGAAACUGUUUACAUCUGAAAGGUUAAAACCUGGGGGACCUGGCACCCAGACCACUUCAAUAAGCUGAAGUGGUCUGGGUGACUAAAGUGGUCCUUUAAUAUAUUUGCAAAGAUAAAUAUUUAAGGUUUCCGCCUUACAAGAGUGAUAAAACUUGACAUGCGUUGUUUGGAAGCAUUGUUACACACUGCCUUGUAACUAAUCAUUUCUGAAUAUACUGCCAUUCCCUCUCCCAAUAGAACUAUGCAUGCCUAAAUUUUGUUCAGUUUUCAAUUCACUACAAUUCAGAGUUUGGAAAAAGAAACUGUUUUUGUUCUCGGUUAAUUUCUUGGCACGUGGUGAUUAUUAAACAUUGCAAAGUGAUUCACAUGCUUCCCUGCCUUUGCAAAGAACAAACAUACAUGCAAAAGAGAUCUGGUCUGGAGCCGAAACACUACCUUUGUGAGUUUGUAUACAUGUUGUAUAUCAGUCUCCUGGCUGCUACAAACGGGAACACCUGUUGGCUUUUGUAAUCUGGCAUAUGUAGUGUCAGGACUGCAAAUCACUUUUUAAGUACUCUAUACUAUAAAUAGGGUUGGACUUCACGAACUGUGUGCCCAAGAAUCCUUCAGUCAAUCUCUUUCCCGACAGACAUGAUUUAUCUUUUUCUUUUUUCUUGAAAUUUUUAAUUUAGCUUUUUAAUGGAUAACGUGUGGUGUGAUGGAUUUUUUUUUUCUUCUUCUUCUUCUGCUUUGGCUUAUUGAUUUUUGCUUUUUGGCAAUCAGCGCAAUCUCUGCAUCAUGUUAAAUUUGAUGGCCAGUAGGGAAAGUGUUUAAAUAUUCCCCAUCAUUGUCUUAUGUUCCCAAAUACCCUGUGGCUGUCUGGAGGGCUAGCAAUAUGUUUUGCCUUGUCCUCCCUUUAUGAAAGCAUGCAAUCAAUUUCUGUGUCCAUCCAGCUGGUCCAUACAGUUUAUACAGUGUUGAUCAUGAAGAUACCCUUCCGUUCAAUGACAUAUAUCCCUUAAUAAUGUAUUCGUUUCAGAAACUAAGCCUAAAUGUUUGUGAUGGUACACCCUCCAGUGCGCUACACCCCCCCCCUCCCUCUCCUUACGCUCGUUAGACAGAGAAUGCAUUUUUCCAGCAAGAUUAAGUUGACUUAUUCGAAAUAAUACUUUAUUUUUAUUUUUUUCUUUUCCUCUUUCUCUUCCACAGUUGGUAACCAGUUAGGAGCGCUGGUACAUCAAAGGUAAGCAGUGGGCUAUGUUUUAUUAUUUAUUGAUCAGGAUCUAAUUGUUUAUUGAUCCGCCAUCUGUAGUCUAGUAUGAGCCAAGCAGUUUAAGACUCGAGUCGAGCGAUUUAGUGAGGAAUAAUUUUUUUUAAAUUUUAUUUCUUUCAAAUGCGGAUAGUCAGGCAUAUGUUCUAGGUUUGCAGAAAUGGGUAAUGGGCCAUAAACUUAAAUUAAUAGAGAUGACAGAUGAGCUCCCAGAAAGGCUGCUUGCUUUGUCAGAUGAUGUAAUAGUUUUUCUGUUUGCAAGUCAAAAUGGCUGACCUUGUGCACACUGCUUUUACUACAAACGGAAGAUAUAUAUUAAGAAUAGGUAGAUAUUAUGAAGAUAUUUGCACUGUGAUCCUAAAGGUGUAUCACACUUGAAAGACGUCUAAAUUAGACAUGCUUUUAUUUUCUCGAGAAUGUGAUCCUGUCAUAUGGCCUAAAGGAAGUGUGUAAACAUAGCCUUAAAGGAUCGCUAUAGUGUCAGGAAAACAAAGCGGUUUUCCUGACACUAUAGUGCCCUGAUGGUCCCCUUCCCCUUCAGCAGCUUACCUUAAUUCAGCGCUGGGCUCACUCGGCGCUGGUGACCUCUCCUCCCCGUCUGACGUCACUAGAGCCGAAUGCUCAUGCGCGGCAAGUGCCGUGUGCGCAUUCAAAGUGUCCAUAGGAAAGCAUUUCUCAAUGCUUUCCUAUAGACGCUUUGCGUGAUGGAGGCGAAAUUUGCCUCCAGCGUUGCAGAUGCGCCUAUAGUGGCUGUCCGGAAGAGGCUGGAUUAACCCCAACUGUAAACAGCAGUUUCUCUGAAACUGUUAUGUUUACAUGUGAUGGGUUAAAACCUGAGGGACCUGUCACCCAGACCACUUCAUUGAGCUGAAGUGGUCUGGGUGACUAUAGUGUCCCUUUAAAGGCAAAUUGUGUGAAAAAUAUUUAUCCAGUUCUGAUUCUUGAACAUGUAUUCUGGAAAGAAUAACUUUUCUUGUUGCAGACUGAUUUUUGAAUCACUGUUAUACAGAUCAAAAUAAAUGAGGCAAUCAGAUGCUGGGCAUUUAAUGCCUACAAUAUCUGAUCUUCUACAAGAGAGGAAGAGUGCCCUGAUAAUGAAUGUGUUGUCCACUAUGUGUACAGAGACAUUCCUUUUGUUCACCUUCCCUUGUCAUUUUGUCACCAGAAAACCUAUACAAUAAAGUUUUUUUUAAUUAGGUGUUUGGCAGGGCUCUGGGAGGAAUGCAAUGAAUAUUCAACACAUUUGCAUAAAUGGCUUUAAGUAAAGCACAUUUUAGCGUUAGCCCAGAUAGUAAUAAAAUGUUUAAUUGUUCUCUGUAAGAUCCUGGUGUGAUUGAGAACACUUCUUUCUGUUGUUCUGUCUAAAUGUUUGGUAUUUAAAGUGUCGUUUCCCCCCCACCCCCCCACCCUUUUUUUUUUCUUCUUAGAACUGUGAUGACAGAAGAAUUUAAAGUGCCUGACAAGAUGGUGGGAUUCAGUAAGUUAUUCUCUGAUUCUCAGUGUGUAAAUAAACGUGCAUUUUUCCAGUCGUACAGUGGUAGAAUCCCUAAGGUGUUUUUCCCUUUACUGGAUAGGUAACGGAAAAGUAAAUGAUUAAUAUUUUAAAUAUGUACCUGCUCUCCCUUAUUCCCUGCUACCUCCCCCAUAAGGGAUUAGCCUGGACCAAUAGGGUCCUUUCUUUGGUUCCGGUGUGCGGGGCAAAUCAGGAACUGAAGAAUGAUGCAGCUGGUGGGGGCAGGCACAAGUUGCUUUGUAGUAGGAGGAGCAUAAAAGGUGACCAUGCCCCAGCGUUCUGCCUUUUUUUCACUUGUAAAAUCUAAGUAGCGUGUUUCCUAUUACCUGGUAAUAGAGCUGGAAGUGGCACGUGAAGCACUGCUGUAAGUAUGCACUUUUAUGUAUCUGAAACUUAUGAUUCAGACUGAUAAACUAGCUUAGUGGAAGGCUAUUUCUGGCACUACAUAUCCCCCGAUGCUGUGCCAGCAUUAUGACUGCAAGAGCAUUAUGGGAGAUGUAGUAAACAUCUGGAUUGCAGAGGAUUGCCAACCCCUCUCCGGCACAUUUAUCAUUGAUUUCUUGCCUCUUCUGAAAAGUUAAAAUGUUAUGUACUGCCGGGAAAAUAAGCUGUAUGUGAAUACACAUCUUAUCUCUUUAAAUCAAAUGGGUUCGUAAUCGCUGUUGUCUUUCUUGCAUUGCAACUCUACGUCUGUUUGAUUUAUUCCAUUCAAAGUAUGGGGGUUUUACCGCUACAAUAGCUCCAGUUAAAUCCCCUGGGAUUGGAGUUGUAAAACUGUCUAGACCCUUUUGUUGAAGUUUGACUAACCUAAAACCUUUGCAAUUUCAGUAAUAUUUCUUUAUUAUUAUUCUUAUUGCAGUAAUCGGACGGGGAGGAGAACAGAUUUCACGGAUCCAGACUGAAUCUGGUUGCAAGAUUCAGAUAGCACCAGGUAAAUCUCUUCCUCAUGUCAGAGACUAUCUCACAACACCAGUUAAAAGGAGCCUGAUCUCCUCAAAAAAGUGACUUGUGACAUUCCCAGCUGUUUGUGUGCACAUUACAUAACUUGUACAUUUGAUUAUUUGAGUGCUAGAUUGGUGAUCUGUGUAUUGUAUUUCAAUGCAAGUAAGCAAUUGCUUUAAAGGGACAUCAGGAUGUGUGCGUUUGAUAUGCAGUAAAAGUAAAUCAAUUUAAGAAAAGAUACUCUACUCUGAAUAUCACUUCUCUACAAGUUAUUUUAGUUUUAAUCUACCUCCUGAUCUUACUCUCCCUAUAGUUUUCGACUGGGAAAUUGUCACACUUGCAUGCUUACUAAAAUGUCCAAGGGUUUAACACAGUGGCAUUUGUGAGUGAGCUUUGCUGUCGUUGAGUUGAUUCUUCUGGGUUGAAAAAUAAUGGGAACACUUGCAUAAGUUAAUGGAAGCCACUGCUGCAUUUGUUAAUGGCGUGCUAUUUGAAGCCGCUUUUCUCAAGUGCGAAAGUCCCUGUUAAUGCCUCUUGGAAUCAGGGAUUCUGUUGGAUAAGGUGAUAUGUUUUUCUUAUACAAAACCUGGACAGCUUUAAACAUGCAUAUUAAUCCAACUAUGUUUUUUUUUUGUUUUUUUUUAACCAUGAGUUUUAAUCUGCAUCAAGGUUGUGCAGGUGCCUUAAGUGUCCCUCUAUCACUGCCUUAAUGUUUAUACUUGCAUCUUUUUUUUUUUUUUUCCUCUACAUUCUUUAGUUUUUAGGACAAAUUUGAAGUCCUAUGCUACAAGCCCGGCUUUAAAAUUUAAGGCUAGUGACAAGUGGUAAUUUUGAGCCCUGUCUCAAGGUUUAUAUAUCUUCAGAGUGCUUUUUAUUGUGUACCGAUAUGCUGCAUUUCUUAGAAGUCUGUUACAAAUCUAGACUUAUUUAUUAGUCAGGAUUCCCUAUAAGCAUAUACUUGUGCGUUAGGCACACUUCAGGGUGUGGACUGAUAAUUAUCUGAGGGGAAUCUGGCAAGCGUUUGACAAUUUCCCAGUCUUUGUAUUCUCAUAUUCAUAUAAUUCACACUGCUUUGUAUUUCGUUUUUUUUUUUUUUUUUAAUGUUAAAUUAUUGUCUUGCAGACAGCGGUGGUAUGCCGGAGAGAUCAUGCGUCUUAACUGGUGCUCCGGAAAGUAUAGAGUAAGUUUUGUGCUGCGUUUCGGUCCCCUCUUCUUUGCUAUGUCCUACUAGGUUUCAUAAAAAUUCAAAAAAUAAAUCUUCCUGGAAAAGGAACACUUGGCAGCAUGGGAGUUAUCUCCAUUAGAAUCCUUUUGUGCAAUAUUUGCUGAUAUAAAAUAGCUAUGUUGCAAAGUGUAAUCUCAGUCAAGUACUCCCCCCAACACACUUUUCCAGCAUGCCACCAUCCCUCCCUCUUCCUUCCCGAAAGCUACAAUCUUGCUUCCACAAUUGCUGUGCUUUUUUUCGCUUGGCGAGCGAACACAAAAAUGCUUAAAAGUAUCACAGCAGGCAGAGGUAAUGCAGUUUUAUUUUUAUUUAUUAUUUUUUUUUCCCCCCCACGCUGGCCCUGUCAUGUGUGCUUGGGAGAGAGCUGGCGCUGGGCAUCGUUGCUCCACCUUUUCUUUAUUUUAAAGAUGCCAGAUUUCGCUGCAUCCCAGCUUGUCUCUGAAGUUUUAAGGGCGUUUCGAAAGCCCCCGUCAUUUUUGCCAGGCUGCUGUGAGCACUGAUCUGGAAUGAGUGUUAUUGGCAACUGCAUAUUACACAGCAAGCCAUAGGGUUUCUGUUUUGUUUUUUUAUAUAUAACCAUUACCCCGUCUCUCUUCCUUUUACAGUGAGUCACUGAGAUUGUGUUUGAGCUACAAAAACAUAGCUGUGACACACAUCAGUCUUAUUUUUCGAUUAAUUUAACCCCAUUGCAACCAGAAGGAAAUGCAUAUUAUGACCAAAACACUUAAAAAAUAAAAAAAAAUAAAAAGUCCUUAAAAGUAUCACAGCACGCAGAGGUAAUGCAGUUUUAUUUUUAUUUAUUUAUUUUUUCCCACGCUGGCCCUGUCAUGUGUGCUUGGGAGAGAGCUGGCGUUGGGCAUCGUUGCUCCACCUUUUCUUUAUUCUAAAGGUUCUGAAGGUGUUGCUAUUUUUAUUCACAGGGUUAAUCACUAAACAUGGUUUUUAGCCAAAAAUAACCAAGUUGGAGAAUGUUUCCAGUUUAACUGUUUUGAUGUAUAAUUUUCAAUUCCCUUGUAAUUUACUACAAUUUUUAGGUUUAGCGAAUAAUUCUGAAUGUGCUUUUGGCUUGUAUAUAAAUGCGUCCUCACGAUUUAAUCUAACCGCUCGCUGCCACAGGAGUACAAUUGUCCAAAUACCAUGUCUUGUAUAACUAGUUUGCACUCAAGUUGUUUGUUGAGAAUGUAUUUGUCUUAUUGUUCAGAGAGCUAUAGAUUAAGCCUUUGUCCUUGCCAGGCCUUACCUGUGCGUACAUCCCAUUACUGUUGACGGCACUCCAGAGCACUAUUCACUGAUGUGCACUUAGUUUGUUUCACGGUGUGGCUAGGUUUUUUGGCUAUUUCAGCUUUAGGAAAGGGCUCCUUAGUGGGUACUGGGAACUGCCUUGAAGCAGUUCAAGGGAAUUAUUAGUUUAUCUAGUAUUAAGAUUUAUUCAUAAUCUAUCUAAUUUCAUUAGGAGUCAUAGGCAGAGUAUAUAUUGACGUUCUGUUCAUCUAACUUAGAAAAAGGAGUAACGAUACGGCAGCGCUAAGUAUCCAUCUAAUGAUGCCAUUAUGGCUAAAGCGGUUUAACAUGUAUAUCUUUUAUAUAACCGCAGCUAUACUUAUUCCCUGCCUACUACCACGUGAGCAAAUUGAUUACUUAAUUUCAACCUCUCCUAAGCAAGAGCUCUUAAAUAAUACUUUGUAAUAAUCUAUUUGAUAUAGUGCGGCAACAUUACCUAGACACAGUGUCCAGUUUUGACACUCCUAUGUGACCUAAAUGUAUUAACUAGUUCUUUACUGACCUUAUAUUGAACAGUGUUCACGUUUGUAAACACUUUUUUUUUCCCUUUUUAAUCUUCGUUAAUAAAUUUCUAUGUUUUUAUCCUAAUGAAGUGGCUUCUACCCAUUUAUAGUAAUCUCAUAGUGAAACUUCCACACUACUGGAUUUCUCUAUUUUUUGAUUCUAUACAUCCAAUUGCUCCCUUUCUCUUCCUGUAGGCAUGCAAAGCGUCUAUUAGGGCAAAUUGUGGAUCGCUGUCGGAAUGGACCUGGUUUCCAUAACGAUAUGGACGGAAACAGCACAGUCCAGGAGAUCCUAAUCCCAGCUUCCAAAGUGGGUCUUGUUAUCGGCAAAGGAGGAGAGACCAUCAAACAGCUCCAGGUAUUUCUCUUCCUACCAUUUAACAGUGACUCAAAGAUACCCUGUCUUUGUGGCACUAGAGCAACAAUGGGGUUAACUGCCCCUACUUGUCAUUUUCAUUACCAGUGCCUUUUCCCUCAUUCAUGUGAAUUUGCUAAUAGUUUGUUCUUGCGGAAGGUAUAAGAGGGCAAUUAUGCUCAGUGUGGUAUUUGCUUUGUGGGAUGUUAAUUUUCAGACGAGUGUUAGCUGUUUCUAAUUGGUACUUAAUUCUCCGUGUUCUGUUACCUUUUUAAAACUGAGAGAAUCUAUUUACCUUUUCAACCUUUCCAGUCCUGAGUGCAGGAGAGGGUCUCAGUCACUUUCCUGAGACUAAUCUUGCGACUAAAACUCUUGAAUGUCAUUUUUUUGAAAAUCUAGCAAAUUAAAGCAUCUGCAACUUCCAUUUUGUGUCUUUAUUUUUCGUAGGUUUUCUGUAAGGGUACUGAAACUGUCACAGCUGCCUUCUAGAAAGGCAGAAGCAUGACGUUUCAUGCAAAUCCCACAAUUCCUUUCUCACCUCGGCCAAUCUGCCCAGAGAAAUACUGAGAGGAGUCAAGGUGCAGCAGAUGAGCAAUUAAGUUUGUGCAUUUGCUAACAUUUUCUGGAACGUAGGAUUAUGGGAAGAUUACUUAGAUUUGCAGAUAAUGUGAAAAUCUGAGUUUUUCUGGAAAUUUCUAUUACCUGAUUUAGCAAAUUGCCUUUAUUUACAAUGUUGUAAGCUACUGGACAAUAUAUAUCUCCUACAUUUUUUUAAAUAAAUGUCUGGCAAGUUUUAGGUACUUACUAAGAAAGCAGGCAGUGGGAUGAUAUUCACAUAUCUAGUGUCAGGUCAAUUAGAUUAGGUAAUAUACCAGGUUGUCAAGACAAAUAUGAGAUUAUAAAAAUAAAUCCUAAAAGUAAUGCACAUUCAGAAAUUUAGAGGGCUGAGUGGCAGUUUCUUCUAUUACAUUUUAUGGAGUAAACGAGUUCAUUUCGUAUUUUGUUGUGAACAUGAAGCUUUUCGCAUUUGCAGGAAAGGACUGGUGUUAAAAUGAUAAUGAUUCAAGAUGGCCCUUUACCAACCGGGGCAGACAAGCCGCUUAGAAUCACAGGCGAUCCUUUCAAAGUACAGGUAUGUGCAUUCAUUCUUUAUUAUGAAAUGUGGUUGUGAUUUUCAGUUGCUGUGCGCAUGCAUGUUUUUAUAAUGACUUUGUCCACCCCUACUGCAAGGAUUAGGGAAGAUUCCCUCUAUAGGAAACACUUUCCUAUUCUUGGGGAAAGUCAUGCAAGACCAGCGACUCUUGAGUGUUUUUCAUGCCAGGAUAAAGGCUAGCACAGAAGAGCACAAUUGUGUUUUGGUGCUGUAAGCUCAUAUUCACUUUUAGCAAAUGCCUAUACAAAGAUGAGAGGCUGGUGCCCCAAGUGCACCCGUCUGUUGUACAACAUGAGAAACUGCUACCCUUCUUAACGCAAUUCUUCACUCUAUUCUUUUAUUCUAUAGCAAGCAAGAGACUUGGUUCUGGAGAUCAUAAGAGAAAAGGACCAGAUCGACUUCAGAGGUGUUCGCAGUGAUUUCAGCUCCAGGAUGGGGGGAGGCAGCAUAGAGGUAAGAAUAAUCUACAGUCUGCCUUUUUGCACCUUUGCAGUAUGCAAUACUAUUCUUGCUUGGAUUUCUUUCAUUAGAAUUUUACAUAUUAACAGGAGUGUCCCAUUUAAAAAAAUAAAUAAAAAAAUUUAAUUUCUAUCAACAGCCUUUUAACGUUUUUUUUGUUGUUGAAUUUUUACAUCACUGGGGUUUGUUCCCUUUAGGACAUUGGAAUCCAGAUUGGCUUAAGCCACUUUAACCCUGGUUUGGAAUAAUAUCCCCAGUUAUAUUAAAAUCCUCAAAUAGGGCAUGGGGAGAGGUGGUCCAGUUUUCACCCCUCCUAAAUAUUGGGAGUUCAUAAAGACAUGUUUUCAAUCCCCUCUUCUGUGUCCUCAUAUCAAACGGUCUGCAGGAGGCACACUACAUCUAAAUAGACCCACCUCCCUCUUUACCCCCCUUUAAAGGAGAUAUAUCAUACCACUUUAAUUCAAGGCUACUGUCCAUCACUUUUGGUGACCCCUUCCACUCUCCAGCUAGUCGCUAAUGCUUUAUAACAAAGGCAAGCGUUUCCAGACGGUAUCCCUUCCCCAAAUGUUUAGGAAUACUCCCAUAAUAUUCUGAUAGUCAUAUACAAACAGUUCUGGAAGUUAUUGUUCAAAGCCACAGGAGCUAAAGGAUGCACUGUUUAAUCCACACAUUACAUAAUCCAAAGGUGUAAAUGGCACUCGAUAUGUACUAACUUGUUUGUUUUAUCAGUAUGCAGGGCUAUGUAGACCCAGGGUGAAUGCUUGCUGUGUUAUUCUCCAUAGGCACUAAACCCAUCUUGUGUUACCGGCCAGGUCUCCGUACCAAGGUUCGCUGUGGGAAUUGUAAUAGGAAGAAAUGGGGAGAUGAUCAAAAAGAUUCAGAAUGAUGCGGGAGUGAGAAUUCAAUUCAAACCAGGUUUGUGAUCAUUUCUGUCCUCUGUAGGGUCUGGUCUACAACACUCUACGCAGUACUGGCAUUGUUAAAACAUUGUUUUUUAUGCAUUAAGAUAAUGUGGAUAUAAUUGAUAUGUAUGCAAACGGGUUGUUGAUCCAAGGAGAAAUUGGAUUACCAAUAUGGGUUUUAAAGUAGAACCUGAUGGACCUAUGUAACUCUAACAUGUGGAACUCAAAAAAAUCUACCUCUAAUUAACAAACAUAUGUAGCCAUGGUAAUACACUCGCUUAAGUAUUACCACAGUACAACUUACAGAAUGUGCACAAAUCUUUGUUUACAUUAUAUAGAAAAAAAAGGAUUUAAAAAAAAAGUAAACAUUUUUAAAUAGGGGUUUUUUUUUAAAUUUGGGAAAAAUUCUCCCCUUUUGGGAAUAUGCUUAAACUAUUUGUACAAAUAUAAAUGCAUACAGAAAUGAAUGAACCACAUAGAUCACUCUACUUAUACAUUUGUAUUGUAUAUAAAGCAAGAAUUUCUCAGGAAAUAAAUUCUUGUAACAGCAGAAUUAUGUAGAGUUGCUUUAAACUUUGAAAAUGUCUCCAUAUUCCUGAAGGUUUGUUCAAAAAGUUAAAGAAACUGCAUCCUUAAAAACAAAAUUCCUUUGAAUGCUAUAAAGUGCUCCACAACAGUUAAUGUAUCAAAAUCAACAGAAAUGGAGAGAAAUUAGAAAAAUAAAAUUGUGUGGUGGUACGGGGACGGGGGGACUUGUUUUAACUAUUUUGUACAACGAGUACUGUUUAUACACAUUUGAAAAAAACGUAACCAAAAAAAGGUAAGAUUAUUAGCUGAUCUACAUAUAGUUCACAAAAAGGGUGACUCACCUAUACAUUGCUGAUAGUUUGAGGGGGGGGGGAAAAUCACAUGUGAUAUGUCAAGCAUAAUCUUAAUAUCGAAAAGGGGGGGAAAUAUUGUGAAGAAUUUGACACACACACUUAAGUUAUAUAUAAAGCUUAUCUAUUUAGAGCAAACAGUCUUUUGAAAAGGUUAGAUCUCACCCAAGGGCUGGGAACCAGGGCUGCUGGCUUGAAGGUGUGUGUUCUUUGUGCCUUGAGGGCCGCAUGUUUUGGACUUGUUGGUUCCUUCAAUGGUUCUGGAGGAGCAGAAGAACAUUUUAGCUUAAUGUACCUUGUUACUACCCCCCGACUUCCAAGCAGACAACUGACCCUGUGACUUCCUGGUUGUUUAUCAGUGGAUAAAUCUCAAGAGGUAACAAUUGCCCAGAGCACCUGCAUUGCAAAGAUAUUUCUCAUUGAGUUACAUUGGCAUGUCUGAUUGGACAGCCACAAAAAGUCUGGGUGGGGUUAAGAGGGGGGCUUGUAUAGGCUUCAGACAAGAUUUGAAGCUUUUGCAAGCUGUUAUUAGAUACAACUCCAAUGAAAACGAGAAUAAAUAAUUUUAAAAAAGCAUGCAAGUUUUCAUUUGGGGUAUAUCUACUAAACCGUGAUAUUUGGGAAGUGGAGGGGGUGGAGUUUUGUAAGGUGAAACAAUAAGGACGUACCUUAUUAAGAUAGAACAGUGUAUGGGGUUUAUUUAGCUUAGUGGUUCCUAACCACUAAUCCACGUGCUAUUUUACUAAGUUUCCAAUGGUUGGAACAGAAAAAUUUAUAUUACAGUGAAAGGUGUUUUGCAGAAUUAGCUUUGAGAUAUAUACAAUAACAGAAUGAGUCACCAUGUUAAUUCCAAAUGUCAUUUGUGGCACUUAAAGCUGAAGUGGGAGGAGGGAUUAAGGAUUUAGUUGUAGUGUGUUUAGGGUUUAUUAAAGAGUACCUAGUAAUAUCAAUGUAUGCUUUUUUUUGAGUAUAAAAAAAUCUGUCAAUACACUGUGCUGGCAAAUUUGCUAGAAAAUGUAUAGCUUGGUUUAAAAAUAGGUUUUUCUCCCACCAAUCAGUCGAUUCUUUGGUAAAGACUUUGUGUUAAGGAAUUGAGUGAUGGAGAGCAGAACACACUUCCCACCAAUGGUCCUUAUACUCUCCAAGCACAGCAACCACAGAGCAUGCUCUGUAUUUGCUAUGGUAACUCCCUAAUUGACGCCGUUACCGCUGGUCAGGGAGUAUAGGAAUCGAGUGAUGACCCUUCGUUCAGACUCCAGCAUCACAUAUUAGGUUUGCCCUGGUUGAGACACUGAUAAGUGAGUGUUACAUGGACAAGUGGGGACAAAUAGACCACAGCUUUGCUAAUGAAGCUUUUCUAUUUUAUUUUUUAUUUUGUCUGUGGUUUUCAACACUUGCUACAUAAGAGGUCAGUAACUUACAGACUUCAAUUUGCAAAUAUGAAUGAUAUUCUUGUAUAUUAAAGAGCUUAUUGCCCAGCCCUCUGCUAAACACUUGCUAUGUGUGCAUUUAAAAGAUGCUUGUGAAAGGACAGAAAGGGAUACCCGAUUAUUCCUUGUUCUAUCCACUUUGUUUACGUUCUACAUUCUAUGUAUGUAAGAAAAAAUCCUACUGGUUUGUUAGCAAAGCAGGCCGUUCCAUGAAGAGUUCUGCUAAAUCACAUUUGUAUCUCGGCAGAUCUGUUUAUUGCAAGUGGCUAGGUUACUUUUUUUUUGUUUUAGUUAUAUACUUUGUACUUGCCUCCUGCAGAUGAUGGAAUCAGCCCUGAGCGAGUGGCGCAGGUAAUGGGCCUCCCUGAGCGAUGUCAGCAUGCUGCCCAUAUAAUUAACGAGCUCAUUAUAACAGCACAGGUGAGUGAUAUAGAGAAACUUGGUUAUAUGUUGGGAUAUCCCAUGAAUAUUUACUCCAAAACACUUAAUUUUUACCUAUAUUCCAUUGUCUGCAUGUGAUAACAUACAAGGCAGUUGUUCUCUCCAUUUUCUUAUACUGAUCAACGUGGUUUGACUUUUUAGCUGUAUCUAUAAAGAUGUCAAGGAUGAUCCGUGUUUUUCUUUCUGCCUUAAAGGGACUCUCCGGCUCUCUAAAGCAAUUUAACCUGCUGUGUGAAGAGUAUGUGUCCUGUUUUUGAAAAGUCUGUGAUUGGACAGGCACAAAGUUUUGUCUGGGGAUGAACGGCGCAAAGGCUUUAAAGCUUCAGACAAGGGAACUGCAUCUUUUGCAAGCCGUUUUUAUAUAUUCCCCUAAUGGGAAUUUUUUUUAUAAAUGCAUGUUUUCAUUUGGAUUAUAUCUACUAAACCAGGUGUAGGCAACCUUCGGCAUUCCAGAUGUGAACUACAUCUCCCUUGAUGCUUUGCUAGUAUUGUUGGUGUUAAGAGUAGUAUGGUAGCUCUGGAGUGCUGCAGGUUACCUACCUCUGUACUAAACGUUUUUUUAUGAAACCAAAAGCAAUAUUUUGGCAGUGUAGUGUCCCUUUAAGGCCAACGUGGUUGUCUACUUUUAGGUCACCUUUGUUUGAGUUUGAGUUUUUUAUGCUUUUUUUUUUUUUAUGUGCACGGCUUUGCCAAGGCAAUCCUUUGCAUGUCCCCUUAUCACUCAACAGGUUCUUUGUGUCAUUCACACAUGUUCUUAAAGCCUUAUUGAAUACAAAUAAGCCUAAAAUACAAAAAUAAUUCCUUUCCUCUGCUGCAGGAGCGUGAUGGUUUUGGAAGCCUUGCUAUGGCCCGUGGAAGAGGGCGUAGUCGUGGCGAUUGGAAUAUUGGUACACCUGGAGGAAUGCAGGAGAUCACGUACACUGUGCCAGCAGAUAAAUGUGGACUGGUGAUUGGCAAAGGUAGGAAAAAAGAUGUGGAAACAUUCCUUUUUGCACAAACUAUAUUGCUGUGUUAGAGUGAAAAUAGUGGUCUUGCUAGUUGUUGGUACCUUGACUCCAGUGGCUGGUUGUUCUAGGCUGGCAUCAAGAGUGGAUAUAGUUUCAGAUUGAACAUACAGCUAACAUUUAAUAUCUAAGAGCUUAGUAAUUGUCUGCCUUCCUUUUAGCUAAUUUUAUCUGAUUCUGUUUUUUAUCUUGGGCCUGUUUCACCUUCAAAAUCUCUAAUUUUUUUUUAUUUUUUUUAUAAUUUUCUAAAAUUGAAAGUUACUAUUAUUAGCAGAUUCUGACUGAAGCUUCCAAUGCUAAAUAUGCAGAAAAUAUUUGCUGGCAUAAGGACUUUUGUCAAAUCAACACUUAUAGGAACACUGUAGUCACCACAUGGAACCUUGGGUGCCAGGUUCUGUAUCACUACCGCAAGGUUUACACACAUUUAGAAGAUUCUCAGCCAUUUCAUCAUUAAAUGCUCGGUUUCAGGCAGAGAUGGAGCUAUUCACCACUCUCCACCAUACAAGGGCUUGAAGGCAGUGAUUGGCUGAAAGCAUCAGCUGAGCUUUUUCAGACCGUAACUGAAUGGGUAAGGCGUGAGAUAGAAGCAUAGCUAUGUCACUUUAUGGUAGGAGGCCAGGCUUCGGGCUUCCAUAGAACAACGAAUAUCUACUGAAGGGGAAAUAAUGGUGCAGGCUCUGAGUUCUGCAGACUCCAAACACCAUAACUACUUUGAGCUUUUGAAAUGGUUGCGAUGCCUUCAGUUAAAGAUUUAAAUAAAGAAUGCAAUUUAAUUGGUUCACUGCAAUUCAAAGCUAUGUUUUAAAAGGCAGUAUAACAACUUCAUCUGAUUGAAGUGGUUAUGGUGACUGGCGUCCACAGGUGCCAGAUACUGCAUCUUUGUUAAAUGUUUUAUUCAGUGUUUAGCAGAGAUUCUUGGUUCCCUGCAGCCUGGCCCUCAAUUAUAUUAUAGAGGUGGUUUUAUGCUGAUACCAUACCAAUUUGUACCAGGGAUUGCAAGUGCUAAACUGAUAGAGCUCUUAGCCUAUCGCUACCCGUUACCAGUGGUAUAAAGAAUCUCUAUCUUUGCUAUAUUGUAAUUGGAGGUUGGCAGCCAGGGCAUAAGCAUCUUUGCCAAACAGUGAGUAACUUAUUUUGAUGUGGGAUCCAGUGUCUGCAAACUACAGGGCACCAUACUUACUCCAGCCAAAAUUCUUAUGGUGCCUAGUGUUUAAGUGUAAGGGGUUUCUGUAUUCAGGCUUGCAUUGUCGCUGAUUUUCCCUCUUGUACCCUGGAACCUCUUCCAAAUUAUUUGUAGGUAUGGAGUAAUCCCUAUUGAUUGCUAUCCUGGAACCUUCAAAGGUCAUGUUACCUGUACACAUGAAGCAUAGUUACUGGCUAAUUUUAUAUUUGAGCAUAUGGAAUGUAUACUACAUUACGUUAGAUAAUCUUGUUGGGGGGCACCAUUCCCUAGUUUGGAAUGGUGCCAAUGUCCACAGUUUUUUGUUUUUGUUUUGGGUUUUUUUGUACUGUACAGUAUAAUUACUUUUGGUAGUUUUUGAUUGUUUUUUAUUUUUUGGGGACAGCAGUGUGGGUAGAUGAAUUGUUAAAUGCAAAAUUUAAAUUCAGAGUAGUAAAGUCUUGCUAAAAUGUAACCUGCAGUGAAUGUUUUUUCCUUAUUUGGAACAAACAUUUUGGCUAAUGAUUGUCAAAAAUUAAAAACGUAUUUUAAACUUGUCACAGAAGAUGUUUAACUUAACCUCAUAGAAGCCAGUUUAAAGCAUUCCUGCUGCGGGAACGAGCAAAACAGAAGUUCUUGGUGUUUGAGAGGUCUGCCCUACUUCUUUUCAUGAAUCAGUCAAAUUUCCAUGAUAAACCCCGUCAAUGACAGAAGGGACUGACAGCCCAAAUCUGUCCACUCUGCCUUUUAGCUGCCAUGAUUAAUUGCUUUACGAUUUUCCAUCCAGCUGGGGGGGGCUGGUCUUCGAGAUCAAAAGUGGGGGCAAUGCGUAGCUCCCAGCACCUAUUCUCUAUCCUCUGGCCAGUAUGUAUGAGUAGUUUGGAAGGAACUCCCAGACAGCACCACAAUCUCAGGACAACCUUGCCUUGUGGUGUAAAGUAAUAGUCAAGGUUAUCCUAAACACAGCAAGAUUGUCAGUUCAGAAAACUACAUUGUCACACUGUUUCUAGUUGAGAGUCAAGGUUUUUUUUCUGUAUUGUUAUACUAAAUUAAAUAACCAAAUAACAUUUGCUAGAUUUCAAGGUUGUAGAUGUUUCCUAACUCAAUGGUGCUACUCAUCCUUCAUACUCCACUCCCCGCCAUUCUAGUUUGUGAGAAUCUGUGGAUAACAUAUAAAGUUUUUUGAAAGCUCUGGCAACUUCAUGGAGAAGUUAACUUGUUUUAUGUCUAUGCUAUACUGCCCCCACUUCCAGCACAAUAGUUUUAAGGCCAGCGAGCCAUUCCUAUAAGUAGCGUGAAAUUCCUGGCUGUAAACUAGCUUUUCUGGGGUUUUACAGGACACUAAUUACGAGGGCAGUUAACACACUGGUUCAACAAAUGAUAAUCAAUUUUUACUUUUCCUGUGAGUGCUGGCCGCUGCUGUUAGGCGUUAAUUUAUAUUGUUGAGAGACAGAAAAAAAAAAUUGGUUACUACUGAGGCAUUCUAUAAUAACGUGGGGCUGUAAAAAAACACUGGUUUUGGGGUUAAAAUUUUAGCUCCUUCGUUGCCAUGACAUUGCAAUUUAAGUGGCUGAAAUCGUUAUCCGUAUAUUGUUAGGGCCGACCGGGCCAAACAAAUGGAUGUUUAACUUAUAAUUGACCUUACAUUUGUUCAGAAGUUUAGUGCAUGUGAAUUGUCAAAUUUGAAAUAAUGCAAACUUUAGACACCAGAGUCAGUGUUCUGGAAGUACCGUGAUUUUGCAGGAACAGUCUUUUGGUUUCCAUGUUGAUUGCUAAAUGUAUUUUAUUUUUAUUUUUUUAGAACUUUGCUCAGAAUCCUACUGAUGUGAUGUCCUAAUUUAAACACUUAUUUUUAAUCUGCCAUUUGUUUGCCAACAUACUAUAAUACUGUUAUAUAUAAAUGUCUUCAAAAUCUAGUGUGUUUAAACCAUUGUAUGGCACAUGACACUUUGAUUGUCAAACUUCUAUCUAUCUCUAACUUUGUUUGUCAAUCAAUCAAUGCUUGUACAUAUAGAUAUCAAAUGUGCUGAGAACUUUACUUUAACGAGCUAUAAUAUCAUGCCUAUAGAAUUAAUCUCACCUGCUGUUUGUAGUGAUUGCUUUACUGCAGUGAGCUAUCCCAGGCACAUGGCCCUUUGCCUUGCUAGAAAACUAAAAGAUCAACGUUAAAAUGCAGUACCAGGUCCAGUGGCAUGUUUGUCUUUGAGCUGCUGCUUCAGCUAUUUAGAAAUAUGGAGUGCUCAGAACAGAUGCCACAUCAGUAGCAGUCUGGUCCCUGAUUCAGUUUCCUGGGAAUGGCAUGUUUGAGUUUGGGUAACAAUUUGUACUUGAACUAAUGACUGGGCCAUUCAGAAGUUGCUAGUCAUUAAAGUAAAGGCCUGUUUGGAAGUGUAAUGACUCUUUGUGUGAUGCCGUGUGUCUAGCCCUGUUCGUUGGGUGUGUAACAGAAACCGUGUCAUAAUUGAUUAUUCUUGGUCUGUACUUGUUUGAUGGAUACAUUCUCCUCCAUAUGGCUGUGGAGACAACCUACAUUGAAGUACUUUGUGUAUACCACCUCCUUUUUCUUAACCCCGUCCCAGUGCCUGGAGCAUUCUUUCAGCUUUGACUGCAAAUCCUUCACACAUUCUGUGUAUGUAUAAAUACACAUACCCCCUCUCUCCCCCCCACACACACACACACACACACACACACACACACACACACACAUACAUAAUUUUUAGUUUUCAGUUUUCAGGCAGACUUAUCAAAAUAAAAAUAUAUAUAUGGUAACAGUGAUUUGCAGAUCAUUGUUCAAGUGACGAUUCAUCUGGUUUGAUUGUCUCUACAAUGGAAAAAAAUUAAAUUGAAAAACAGCUUGUUUAUACUUUUUUUUUUUUUUUUUUCUCUUUGCCUGCAGGUGGUGAAAAUAUCAAAAGCAUAAACCAGCAAUCAGGGGCCCAUGUCGAGCUCCAGCGAAAUCCUCCUCCCAAUACAGACCCAAGUGUACGGAUAUUCACCAUCCGAGGCGUCCCACAACAGAUUGAGCUGGCAAGACAUCUCAUUGAUGAGAAAGUCGGGGUAGGUUACAUUUGGCAUUAGAGGUGUCAGUUUUUCAUCUCCAACUUAUUUUAUUUUUUUCCUAAGCAUGGGCACAGUUAGGCAUUUAGGGAUGGGGUUGAGGGAAAAUAGACUUAAAUAAAUUUCUACCAAAAUAGAUUGCUCUGGAUUUUGUAAAAACAGACUUGUUCCCAUUUUGCGUUGCAGUUGCACAGAUUGAGCAAUUUCUGGAGCAGGUUAUUUUCAAGCAUUCUGGAACGUGUUUAUCCAAAAAUAGUGCUCCAGCUAUUGAACAGCAACUGCUCAUGGGGUGGCUGUUUUUGUUUAGUUUUUUUGUAGUUCUUUAUUGGUACCCUGCUCAACUUCAAUGGUUCUGAACAAAUCUUUUAAAUUCCUGGCCAAUUGGAAAUUGGGGGAGAACAUUCGCCUUAUUCCCUUAUAACGGCAAUAUCCAUAGAACUUGUUUCUAUUGGAGGUCAUUACAAAGUAAUGUUCUAGAUGAACAGUACUGCUUGGCUGUUUACUUUCAUUAGAUCUGUCAUGUUGAUUCUCCUUGGCGUUCUUUGCAAACAUCUAGCACCUUACUACAUUUAAUACUAACUUUUUUUUUCUUUUCUUUUUUUUGUAGGGUACAGCAAUAGCUGCCACCAGCAGUUUCGGCCAGAGUCCUUUCAACCAGGCACAUGCAACACCUCAUCAAAAGUAAGUUUGUAGUGCUGUGAUUCUCUGAUGCACGUCUUUGCUCUGUUGAACAAGAUGUGUCCAAUUGUAUUUGAUGAGAACAGGAUACUAAGAUAGUGUACGUAGCUUCCAAAAAAAUCUGUUUUGUCCUUUUUCAGGUUCCACUAAAGUUCUAAUAAAAUUGAGUAGUAAAAUGAACGUGUUGUGUGUUUACCUAAUUUAUCAUGUUAGUUGGAUGUAUACAUCCCAACUGGUGCCCAAUAUGUAGGGCUCUUAGUGUAAAACACUAUUCUGUAGGCUUGACUGUUAAUAAUGGUCUGGAUUUUUAGCGAUAAACUCAGUUUAUCGUAUUGACUGAGGCCUGACAUGCCACUUAAAGUAAUUUUAUGUUCAACUCUGCUUCCAUCUGAUUAUAUUACAACUGAUCUAUGUAAAGUGCCCUUCAUAGCAGCUUUCAAUAAGAAUUGAUUACCUAUAUGUAUAUGCCGAGUUGAGAUUGAAUAUUAAUGGACUUGUGCCCUUCUUUCCCCUCCAGUGGUCCUCAGGCGUUUGUUACCCAGGGUUGGGGCAGCACUUACCAGGCAUGGCAGCAGCCUGGGCAGCAACUUCCAGGUGAGUUACAUACUGUAGAUUUAACCUGGCAAGUCAGUGGUAAUUAUUUUCCAUUUGGAUUACGCCCUGUACUUUUAAAUGAACAUGACGAUCACCAUGACCACUACAGCCGCAGGAGUGCCCUAGCACCCUUCUAUAGUAGUAGAAGUAGUCAGUCUGUUCAAGAACAGUUUGACUGCUUACCUGGGGUUCGCCAGGUGCCUGCAGCCGCCUCCCUUGAUGUCGGAAGUUCCUUUACUGAGCUAAACUCUCCAGUGCCCUAGUGGUUAUGGUGCAUUAAUUGUUCCUUUAUGAGCCCACUAUACCUACUAACAAAUAUGCAUUUCUGUCUGGUUUUUGGCUGGUUGAGCAUAAUGGGUGCCAUUCAACACUUAUUUAAAAAAGCAGUGCUCAAGUGUUCUUUAGGAAGUGAUGGUAGUUAAUAGCAUAAUUGAUUAGGUAACAUAGUACAGUUUUGUGCAUUAUACUACUUCUCUACAGAGGGAUUUGGAUAAAUUAGGGGACUGGCUGAGCAAGUGGCAGAUGAUUCAAAUGGAUAAAUGCAAAGUAAUUCAUUUUGGAAAAGAAACGCACACAUUUAAUGAGGGUGAGUUAGGGAUCGCGUAAAUGAGAAGUAAUUUAAGAAUGAUAAAUUACAAACUAGGCAACAGUAGGUAAUGCCGGUCUGCCAUUGCAAAGGCUACCAAAGUGUUGUCAUGUAUAUUAACUUGUUCAAAAUAGAAUUUUGCCUCUUUGUAAAUGAAUGGUAAAAUCCCACCUUGAAAAUGCGGUGCAUUUUUGGGCACCAGUUUUAAAAAAGGACACUGCAGAAUUAAAAGUAGGUGAGCUACAAAAUUAAAAAGGGGGAUGGAAAACUUUAGUUAUAAGGAAAGUCUAGAAAAACUGAAUGUGUUUUGAAGGGCUGAUCUCAAUGCAAUGCGUCCUAUGAGAAGUUUGUAAACAAGCCUGAGCUUUCAUUCACACUUGUGUUCCUUUAGCCCCUUAAAGGACCACUAUAGUGCCAGGAAACACACUUGUUUUCCUGGCACUAUAGUGUUAAUAGGUCCCCUCCUCCCGCCGGGCUCUAGGGGAAGGAAAGGGUUAAACACUUACUUUUCUCUAGCGCUUGGCUCCCAAGCUGCGCGUGCAUUCAAUCAAUAGGAAAGCAUUUCUCAAUGCUUUCUUAUGGGCGCAAGCAUCGUCUCACUGUGAAAAUCUGUGAGAAGCGCGGAUCUGCCUCUAGCGACUAUCAAUGAGAGCCACCAGAGGCUGGAUUAACCCUCAGUGAAACAUAGUUUCUCAGAAACUGCUAUGUUUACAGCUGCAGGGUUAACCCUAGAUGGACCUGGCACCCAGUCUGGGUGUCUAUAGUGGUCCUUUAAGGACACAGCUUCAGAAAUAAAAGGGAAUGACAGAAUUUCCGUAAUGUGUCCUUAAGGGGUUAAAGAUCCAUGCUCUCUGAUUAUAUUUACUUUAGUCUAUGCCGUUUCCAAGGUAAAAUGGACUGCUGUCUCUCUUCCACCUACGCAGCCAUUCUCCACCUAAUGGAGAGAAGUACCAUUAAGUGUAGCUGCCGUUAUGUCACUCAGUUGAAAGUACUGCGCCUUGUGUUCCUAGAGGAAGAGAAAUUGGUGUUAAUAGGUUGAGUUACAAUCCAAUGCAUCUUGCAGGGAGAUUAUCACAAUAGUCACUGGUGCUUUAAUGACCAUUUGACAACCUUGUAUAAUCUUAGUAAAUGACAGGAGCUGUGUUAGAAAUGUAAAAUAGAAUUGUUUUGCUGGCAGGUUUCUGCAAUUGCUCUCUGAAAACAUGACACAUUCGUCUAGGCUUUGAAAAGUUCAAGACACAUUUUAUCUUUUUACUUAACAUCAUUCUGUUGGAUGUGUACCUUCUGUUGAUUAGACGCUGCUUUAUUGAAAUGCUAGGGUAUACUUUAUAGCGAACACAGUCUGCUGUCAUAGGCUGACCUAUUGCAGGAAAUCAUAGCACUUUGCAUCCACACAGCACCCCCGCAGUGGAUCUUCCAAUGCUACUUACCAGAUUUUGCUUCAUUUUACAUUAAAUAAGCGAUGUACUUGACAGUUUCUUCCAUUAUCUGUAAUGUACAGUGAUCUAACGCUGUAGUUAUAAAUGUCAACCAAAACAGUUAUUAAAUUCAUCUGCCUUUGUGAUAUAGCUAUAUCUAUAUAGCUAUACACAGUGAUUUGUUUUUAUUUUUUUUAGUCUAAAAUUCUGCCUUUUUUUGCCUACACUUUGCAAGUUUAACGUGUAGUGAAUUAAAUUACUCUCCUCUCAUUCGAAUUCGACUUAUUUGAAACAUUUCUAGGUUUCUCCAACUUAAUAGUCAUGUAAGCCAAAUCAGACUUGUUGACUUGACCGUCCUUGCUAAAGGGAGCACUCUGAUAAAUUUGUGCAGUUUUUGGACAAGGAACAUCUAGGCUCUGUGUAGGUUUCUUGCAGAGUCAAAUCACGCUGAACACGCCGGUGGGCUAGACAGUUUUCUACUUUGGUAUCCUGUAUAGAAUGCUGCUGGCCUGCUCUUUGUUACAUCUACCUCAUUGUUUGUAGCUCAUCUCUUUGCAAAACCAGAGGGGAGCGUCUGUAAACCAUUCAUGGCCCAACUGGUGAACUAAUUGAGCGAGUCCUUUCUCCUCCCACUCUUUCCUUAAUAAGUGAUCUAAACAUUUAGGUUUUAUUGCCUUUUCAGCCCCCCACCCCCUUUACCUUCUGUAUUAAAUACCCAAUGAGGUGAAGCAUGCCGGCUUGCAGUCCAUUAAUUGGCGUGUCCCUCAAUGACUUGCUGAUGAAAGCCAUUCACGGGGGUCCUUUUUGUUCAAAUUAGCAGGUGGACACUUUGUAUGACCCUGAGCCAUGCACAAUGGGGACAGGGGGCUGACUUGUGGCAUUGGUCAUUUCUCAAACCGCCCUUUAGGGUUGCUACUCCAGAAUGCUGGCUUGGGUCUUUCUUUUUCUUCGUUAAAUGAGCAUUCAUGCAGCAUGUUCCUUUUUAUUUCAAAUACUGCAAAUCUAUUAUAGAUUGUGUUUAAUGGGGAAAAUAGAGAAGAAAAAUAUCCUGGUUCGCUAUCAUCUCCCCUGUCACAAUCUGUCCUGCAAGGGGACCCAGUCCAAGUUAGAAAAGAAGGCUAAUUAUCCGGGAUUGAUUGUUAUAGCCUUAAGCCGUUGAACUGACCAGUUUUUGGUCUUGUAAUGGAGCACUGAGACUUGUACAGGAGUUUAUUUGCUAUGGUGGGAAUUGAGGAUCACCGACAUGGGAAUUACACAUUUUAAGGCAAAAUCUCACAAAUAGUAACUAAAUUCUUAAAUUCAGCCAUUUGUCCUGUUUUAGCCUAAAAUGUAAUGUCAAUUUUUCGGUUUUCCUCCAAUUCUGUGGCAAAUUUAGUGCAAAUAAAACUAGUGAUCCCAGUCUGUGAACAUGUGCAAUUUGUGAAAGUGGAAAUACUAUAUCAUAUGUCUAGGUGCAGAAUUGACUCCAGCAAAAGUGUAAUAUCAAAUGUCUGAAUAACACCAAAGGUGUCUAUUUUCCGCAAAUUGCUUACAACAGUCUGGUAUAAAUCCUAUUGUUCCAGGAGAGCCUGCUCCAUGCAUAUUAUCCAUUGCAAUCAUAAAUUUCUUUUGCUUUGCUUGCUGAUCUUUUUUUGUUUUGGUUUUUCCAAAUUGCUGCUUAUGUGUGUUUGAAUUCUCCCUUUGGCUAUAUGUGAGGGUUACCUAUGACCAGUGGUGUAUAUGUUAAAUUGAUGAGACUGACUGUACUAAGUGGGAAGCAGGAGAGCUAAAAUAAGUUCCUGCUGAGGAACUUCCGGCGCUCUCGGAUGGUAGUGGAGGCAGGGAGCAGCGAGCAGCAGACAUCUGGUAAAAAGUCAAACUGUUUAAAAACGGUUUGUCUCCUUACAGUGGGGUGGCCAGAGUAUUAAUGGCACCAGAACCACUUCAGAAAGCUUUUGUGGUUAUGGUACUUGGAGCGUUCCUAUGACAUUUAAUACUAUUUCACCCAGUUGCAGUAGUGCCCUCUCCAUUUCCUGCUUUACAUCCCUUGCAGGGCAGCUGUGUUUUGGUACGGUGGGUCAUGUGACAUUUGGCUGUUGAGAUGUAGUCAUCACCAACAGUAGUUUGACAGCUGCUAAUCUACCUCGGGACGUCAGACAGUUGACUGCAUUUCCCAAGAUUGCUUGGCCAGCCUUAAAACUUAGUUUGUGUCUGUGCAUUGGUUGCACGGCAUACCAAAGAGACAUUCAAAGCUCAACAUUGUCACGUGUUAAUGCUGCAUUUUAGAGAGAGAGGUUUUAAAGAUGUUCUAAAGAAAUCGUGUAAUUAAGUUCAUCUUCCCACCUGCUCACCUCUACAAUCCUUCCUGCAUACAGGUCAGCAAAGCCAGCAGCAGAAUGCUCAGCCAGAUUAUAGCAAGGCUUGGGAGGAGUAUUACAAGAAGCAGAGUAAGUACACAGCCAUUGACAAGUUAAGUCCUUGGUACAGUGAUGGUAGUCAUACCUUAAUUACCAGAAUAGUUUUAACCCAUUAAAGGGAUGCUCCAACCCAAUUUUUUUUUUUUUUUUGGAAACUUUAUUUUUCUACAUAAAAUACUCUUGGGCACUAUUUAUUCGAUCCUCUCCUACAUUUUGCAGUAAAGCCUGCAAAAAGAAGGCAUGUUACCUGGAAACCAGCGCCAUGGACAAAGCUUCUAGCGCUGCCGUCCACUCAUCCAACUGUCAGCAGAGCCUUGCGUUGUCCAAUCAAAGUUUUCUCACAGAUACGUUUUUGCUUGGACUGGUUCAUAGCGCAUGCGCGAGCACUGAGCCAACGUAGGGAGCGGAUUUUCAAUUUAAAAAAAAGAAUAGUGCUGAUGUAUUGAGAACCUCAAUAAGUCCGUUGCCAGAUAGACGUAUCUUUUUGCAUAGAGUUGACAUUUGUCAGUCCAGUCACGUGUUCCGGGGAACUAAACCGUGCAGCGUAUCAAGCUGCAACAGUGCACAUACAGACUCCUACCACACUGACCACUUCUAAAACUGAAGUGGUUAAGGGCGAUGGAGUAACCCUUUAAGCGUCAGGUAGUCAAAAUAGGAUCCUUCUGUGACUGUAGAUCUGUGUUUUUUGUAUUUUGUUUUGUUCUGCUUUGUGUUGUCAGUUUUACCCUAAGGAUUGCAUAGUCCAUACUGUGAUGAAUUGUCAUUGGUUUUUAACUUCCUAGCAGUGCACGCUGAUAUGCUUUGGCUUAAUUUUUAUUGGCUUGUUGUGUGCAGCCUUACUUUCAAGAUUGAUUUAGUUCCCUCUUUAGUGUGGGAAACUAAAUUGGAAGCUUGCAUGCGUGUAUUUAUAAUCUCAUGAGAGUGUUUUUUUUUUUGUUUUUUUUCCCCAGAUGUUUUAAUUUUCUGUUUCUUCUCUUCUUUUUAGAUCAAGCUGCCACAGCCACCUCUCAGCCAAGCUCACAACCAGACUACACGCUUGCUUGGGCCGAGUAUUAUAGACAGCAGGCUGCUUAUUACGGGCAGUCAUUGGGGCAGACUCAAACCCAUAGCCAGGUGAGUAGCACUACAAUGUAAAGCGGUCUGUCCUUUUAUGUUAGCCUUACGUUGUUAGUAUGCUAUCCAAAAUAAACUACUGCUCAUUUUAAGUGCUACCUCUGUCCUAUUGCAAGAAAUAGCAUCUCACAUCUUCAUUAUAUUAAAAAAAAAUAUAUAGAUCUGUCUGUCUUCCUCCUCCAACACUGGGGUUCACACUGUAAAUAGUUCAACAGCUGAAACCUAGCUUAAUCCAAACCAGAAAUUAGAGCCUUAACCAGCUUAGAUAGCUGGGGUGUGACAACCUUCCUCUGUGUUCAGCUAUGGAAUUGUAUGCAGUUUGAAAUCAGUAGGAAAUUCUGUGAAUGGUUCAAGCAGGGCAGGUUUUUUUGUUUUGUUUAGAUUUUUUUAAUUUGUUUUGAGCCAUAACAAUUAUACAUGAUGACUCAUCCCUUUUUUGUAAAAAUAAUCCCUCCAAUGAUUUUCUUUAAAUUUGGUGCUGACCCAUGUAUCGCCGAUUUUAGGUCUAAGAUUUUCUGUAUGUAAAUAAAUGUCAGACAUCUGGUAUAAAAAUAAUUAUUAAAAUCAAAUCUGCAAAGUUGUGAAAAAAAAAAAUUCUGCAUGGACCAGGACGGCUGUAGAAAUAACUCUCUAAAGUAAAGUGAUUUUUAACAAAUGUGCAAGCUUUUUCUGGAGGGCCAUCCAUCCAGAACCCUACCACAUUGCUAGUGCAGGCACUUAUCUGAGUUGCCUUACUGGGGUUUAGUCAGGAAGUCCAUUACAUAACGAAAAGGUGAGUUAUCUGUUGUUCUGUUGCAUCUGAACUGGCACCAUUUGGUUCAGUAAUCUUCAAAAGAAUGUGAGGGUGUAACUAUCCCUAUCCGUCAUCACAACUUAGAUUGUAUAGGCAGGUGCUCUCAUAUACUUGUGUUUCAGUCUAAUGUAACUCGGUCUCUAAUUUGUUUUUAAUGCUUGUUUUCCAGGAGCAGUGAGAACAAUUGUCCAAUUGAUGAAAACUUUCAUUUUUAAUUUUUAUCCCACUUGGAAUCAUUGCAGAAGACAGACCUUAAUUUGUAACUGGUUUCUAGAUUUUCAGAAAUUUUGAAGAAGACUUUCUGUUUGUAAAACACUAGUCAUAUAGUUUAAAUCUAUACUGAACUUUGCUAAGAAUCAAGAUUAUAUAAUAUACUAAAGAUAUAAACUUGCUGGGAAUUGUUUUAUUUUGUUUUUUGGGUUUUUUUUUUUUUGGUUUUUUUUUUGGGCGGGGGGUUGUUUUGUUUUUGUGUUUUUUUUUUUUUUUCACUUUUUGUGUUUCCUACCCUUGAAAAAAGUGUUAACAUGAAUUCUUUUUGGAACCGACAAAUUUAAAUAUAUAUAUAUAUAUAAAUAUAAAUAUCUAUUCCUUCACUGUGUAGCCUCUGCCCCCUGUGGUGCUGAUAUUGAAACAUAUUUGUCUCAUAUUUUUUUUUUUUUUUUUAAAUUAAAUGCAUUUUCUUGGACAAUACAAUUUUGAAGGUCUUAUCUCAAACAUUUAAAAACAAAACAAAAAAGGAGAAAAAAAUGUGUACACAGGUCCUAAAUUUUUUUAAAUGUGUAUUUAAAUAUUCUUAACUGUAAAUUCAUUAAAUGUUUUACGUCUAAUUUUCUGAUAUUAUGACUGUAUUUGAUUUUAUUGCAUAUUUUUUUUAAAGAGCAUUAAUAAUCCGUGUUACCUGGUUUUGAAUUGUCAUUCUGAAUACCGAAUAUUUGAAUCUGUUUCUUGAGACAAGUAUUGUGUGUGGGGAAAUUAGGGGAGGGGGGAGCAGGGUCAUAUUUUGUAGGAUUUGUAUAAUACCUAGGGUUUUGAAGGGUUAAUAUAAAAAGAUUGUUAACCCUAUUCCUGUCAGAUUGAACUGUGAUUCAUUGCAGAGCAAUGGCAAGGCUUUCUGGCAGGGCAGGGGUACAUUUUAUAAAGCAAUGUUUAUCAGUUAUGUUGCCUCUGUAUAUUGGACAUCAAGCUAUAACAUGAAAUGACCUUUUUUUUCUGCUGUCAAAAAUAUAAAUACUAUUAUUUUUAAUAUGAAUAAAUCAACUGUUAGAAUCUCUAAUGCAAAACACUGUGGAACCUUUAACAGUAUGGAAAAGUUUAAAGAAUCGUAAUAACUAUUUUUAACUCCAGGGUUCAUGAAUUUUUUGGGGGUAUUGUUUUUUUUUUUUUUUUUUUAGUGUUUUCUUAUCUAAUUGUCGAAUUUACCAUAGAAAAUAUAAAUAGUAUUAACCACAGUAUGUGCUAAAAAAUACUUUUUGAUUUAAUAAAAGGGAUAUGAUUUUGAAUGUUGUAGUUUUUUUUUCUUGUACAGAUGACUGUAUUUUUGUGAGCGAAAAUGGAAUUCAUGCUAAUUUUUUGUGUGCAUUUAAAAUUAAUCUAUGGGAACAUUCCUUUGAUUUUGGUUUUUUUUUGUUUUGCUUUUUUGCAUUUUGUUUUUUUUGUUUGGGGGGGUGGGAGGGGCUUUACUUUUUCCUUUUAUGCCUAAAAUGUUUAACUAAAAGAAAAAUCAUGAUUGGAUGUUACAGAGAGAUGUCUUAUUCAUCUGACAAUUGCAUUUUACACUCUAUAUAAUAAAAAUGCCCCAAGGCUGCUUGUGGGUGAAAAUGUUAUAUAGUC